AUGCUGCUGCUGUGUAAACGCGUUGUGACGGGUGUGUGUGGUGCUAUGAGGCCACCUCGCAUAGACCAGUGGAGGAUUAAACUGGGCUGCCUCUCUCAACCCCCAAGGGGAGGUGGAGCAGGUUGCCACGGGUGACGGGUCGGCAUGCCGAUAGAGUGCUCAGUUAUGAAUGGGUGGCUGCCCAGCCGCACGGCCCAGAUAUCCAGUUGACGGUGGCUUGAGUGUGACGGUCCUAUCACUCUCUAUUACUGAUGGGUCUGGGUGUCUCAACCAGUCAGAUACUGGUGUGUGUGUGUGUGUGUGCGCGUCUGCUGGGCAUUUCAUCACCACAAUGGCUUUGAAAAGGAUGACAGCGCUUGGGAGGAAAGUGGCUUGCAAAAUGCCAGGCAUUGUUCCACAUCCAUGACAGGUGACAGUAGGAAAGCCGUGGCAGAGACCCUAACAGAGACAUGACUGUUAACAGGCAAAUUGAUAUGCUAUGAGAGACUGCCUUUAAAAGGUGUUUUUGGCCCCAAAUCAUGCUUUGUAAGCAUUAUUUUUCUUAACUAGGCCAUAAGUUGCCAUUUCUAGAUGUUGGAGGCCCAAGAAUCUUUCAACCUCAGUUAGUUUAGUUACAUUGUAAACCCUGCACACAUUUCUUCUCUCAUUUGUUGUAUGUAUAAUGGUGGUCACAAGCAAGUAAUUCAAUUUUGUCGAGUUAAAAAGUAACCUGCAAUGUUGUGUUGAUUGUGCUAAUGCAGAGUGAAACUGUGUACACGUGAAUUAGUGAUUUAUCUGUUAUCUAUUUCUCUCUCACACCUGUCGUCGCUUGAACUUUAGGAACUUGAAAACAAAGUACAAAUACACUCAUUUGGCAGGCUGGCAAGCCCGAUAGCUGGAACUUUUAAACCCCAGCAUGACCACGCACGCACACACACAAACCAACACUAACACAGUGAGAGCCUUCUGGCACAGAAUUGGUGGUUGUUGUUUACACUGCGCUUCUAGUGUGUCUGGGGCCCCACCAUAGCCCCUUACAUCACCCCAUCCGGGGUGAGAGUGUGAGGGCCGAGAGAGGCGCUAGGGGGGUGACGGUGAGGUAAUUCAUUAGUUCCCUGUCCCAUUCAAAUGAGAUGCAGACUUAUUCUCUUUCGGCCUCCCGAGUUCCUCUUUACUGUUGUUCGGAGCAGCCCUUUUCCCUUUCCACUCUGAUUUCACGGCUCGGGACCCACAGCUAUUUCCUAGCCUGUUGUUUGCCUCAUUUCCAUUUUGCAGGAGAACCAAGCGAGAGUUCCCACCCUGUUUACUCAGUGCUCUUUUUCUGGCAAGUUCAGUUUGAAGUCUAUUUUUAAGCAUGGGCUUCUAUUUUGCAAGUCAGUUCCAAGUCCACAUAUCACAAGCCCCGAUUUACUACCAGUGAUUGUCUUGCUGUGCUCUGUCCUUUUUUGCCUGGUUUGGCAGGAGACGGGAAGAGAGAUGUGCUUGAGAGAGCAAUACUUAGAUCUAUGAAUAUUUUAUUCCCUCCCUGUCCUAUAUUUCCAUCAUGUCCUGGGCCAUGCCAGUACCCAUGAUAAUACCAGGGAUUUGAUAUUUGGGUGCAUAUGAGUGACCCACUGUGUUUGUAUCUGAUCUAAUUGGUUGAUGUCCUGGGACAAGGAUCUACAGUUGAAGUCGGAAGUUUACAUACACUUAGGUUGGAGUCAUUAAAACUCAUUUUUCAACCACUCCACAAAUUUCUUGUUAACAAACUAUAGUUUUGGCAAGUCGGUUAGGACAUCUACUUUGUGCAUGACACAAGUAAUUUUUCCAACAAUUGUUUACAGACAGAUUAUUUCACUUAUAAUUCACUGUAUCACAAUUCCAGUUGGUCAGAAGUUUACAUACACUAAGUUGACUGUGCCUUUUAAACAGCUUGGAAAAUUCCAGAAAAUGAUAUCAUGGCUUUAGAAGCUUCUGAUAGGCUAAUUGACAUCAUUUGUCAAUUGGAGGUGUACCUGUGGAUGUAUUUCAAGGCCUACCUUCAACUCUGUGCCUCUUUGUUUGACAUCAUGGGAAAAUCAAAAGAAAUCAGAAACCUCAGAAAAAUAAUUGUAGACCUCCACCAGUCUGGUUCAUCCUUUGGAGCAAUUUCCAAACGCCUGAAGGUACCACGUUCAUCUGUACAAACAAUAGUACGCAAGUAUAAACACUCUGGGACCACGCAGCCCUCAUACCGCUCAGGAUGGAGACGUGUUCUGUCUCCUAGAGAUGAACGUACUUUGGUGCGAAAAGUGCAAAUCAAUCCCAGAACAACAACAAAGGACCUUGUGAAGAUGCUGGAGGAAAAAGGUACAAAAGUAUCUAUAUCCACAGUAAAACGAGUCCUAUAUCGACAUAACCUGAAAGGCCGCUCAGCAAGGAAGAAGCCACUGCUCCAAAACCGCCAUAAAAAAGACAGAUUACGGUUUGCAACUGCACAUGGGGACAAAGAUCGUACUUUUUUGAGAAAUGUCAUCUGGUCUGAUGAAACAAAAAUAGAGCUGUUUGGCCAUAAUGACCAUCGUUAUGUUUGGAGGAAAAAGGGGAAAGCUUGCAAGCUGAAGAACACCAUCCCAACCGUGAAGCACGGGGGUGGCAGCAUCAUGCUGUGGGGGUGCUUUGCUGCAGGAGGGACUGGUUCACUUCACAAAAUAGAUGGCAUCAUGAGGAAGGAAAAUUAUGUGGAUAUAUUGAAGCAACAUCUCAAGACAUCAGUCAGGAAGUUAAAGCUUGGUUGCAAAUGGGUCUUCCAAAUGGACAAUGACCCCAAGCUUGCUUCCAAAGUUGUGGCAAAAUGGCUUAAAGACAACAAAGUCAAGGUAUUGGAGUGGCAAUCACAAAGCCCUGACCUCAAUCCUAUUGAAAAUGUGUGGGCAGAAAUGAAAAAGCGUGUGCGAGCAAGGAGGCCUACAAACCUGACUCAGUUACACCAGCUCUGUCAGGAGGAAUUGGCCAAGAUUCACCCAACUUAUUGUGGGAAGCUUGUGGAAGGCUACCCGAAACGUUUGACCCAAGUAAAAAAAUGUAAAGGCAAUGCUACCAAAUACUAAUUGAGUGCAUGUAAACUUCUGACCCACUGGGAAUGUGAUGAAAGAAAUAAAAGCUGAAAUAAAUCAUUCUCUCUACUGUUAUUCUGACAUUUCACAUCACCAAAAAGUGGUGAUCCUAACUGACCUAAGACAGGGAAUUUUUACUAGUAUUAAAUGUCAGGAAUUGUGAAAAACAGAGUUUAAAUGUAUUUGGCUAAGGUGUAUGUAAACUUCCGACUUCAACUGUACAUGGGUUUUACCCAUGUGCUUUGCUGUGGAUAGUGGGAAUCCAAACCUGGUGCAAUAUCGGUUUUCUUGCUAAAUCCUAUGGUAAUUGUUUGGCGUGACAAUGACCAUAGGAGUUGGCAAAGCACUAAAGACAGCACAAACAAAUCUGGGACCAGGCUAGGGGAAUUCUUAGUUUCACAUUCCCAUUGCCUUAUGUGAUGGUUUGCUUCCAAAGACAAAAUCUCUUCUCAGCUGUAAUUGAGUAAUGUUUGUGGGAGGAAUUUUAGUCAUACUUUGAGUCAUAUGUUUGCGUUGUGGAUGAGACAACCUCAUCGCUCUUUGUUCCUCAAUGCCUGCAUGAUGACGCCGCCUCACAAUCACAUGAGCUGGAGGGUGAAGAACAGGUAGCCAACAGACAGGGAUGUGGCACACACACACACAACAAACAUACAUGUUUUUUUUGUGUUUUUUGAUUGUCAGGGUGCCCAAAAAAAUGUAUAAGAAAAAUAUUUUUUCAUUUUUGUCAGGCCUUGGGGCUUUUUGUGUAAUUUUUAAUCAAAGGUAUCACAUAAGUCAUUUUUAUGUGAAGUGCUUUGAUUUGAAUUAACCUGUUUAUCCACUUGUCCUUCAGACAAGGAGGUGACAGAAAAUGUUGUGUUGUGUGAUGCAAAAAAAAACACUUUACAAAAUAAAAUGCAUUAUUAUUCCCAUACCAUUAUUACAGAGAAUCAGACAAAUCAUGCUACCCUCUGCCUAUUGGCUACUUAGCUUAUUCAAGCCUGUCUCAAAAUACUACACUGACCCUUUAAGACAAAAAAAAGCUCUUUACCUGACUAACUUUUCAAAUAUGUCUAGAAAUGUACAUGUUUUGUGCUCUUGUGGGAAGCAAUCACUUCCCUAUUGCGGACUACAAAUGAUCUAUAACUGGGCUAAUAACUCACUACCUAGCAAAGGAUAUGAACACAAUGUGCACACGUGGCAACAUGCAGCUUUCACUUAGAUCUCAAAACAAGCUCAUCUACUCACAACCGCUCAUGCUGUAAACACAGUCCAGUUCAAAGUAAAUGGCACAGAUCCAUAUAUGGCAAUGGUCUAUUGGCAUAUAGGCCUACUGCAGCUCUGAUUGUUUAUGCUGCACCGGUCUGUGUAGAGUACAGGCUGAGUAGUGCGUGUCAAUGCAAUCGAAUCCUACUCCGAUGCAUUCUGCCUACACCAAAAUCUCUUGCAUAGUUCGUUUUGUUUCGGUAUGUUGCAUUGAAAAUGGCUAAUAUUGAUUUGAUCACAAUUGCCACAGUAAACGGAAACGUUGAUAGUGUUAACAGGAUAAACUCUAGAACAGUGGUCACCAACCUUUUCUGUGGCAAGAUCACUUUCUGAGUCAAAAUGCAAGAUGAGAUCUAUAGAAAAUCUUUUUUUUUACAUGACUUACAAAGGUAAGCCUAUGCAACAUUAACCAAUUAAAAACAGUACUGUAGCAAUAAGGUUUGUGCAGUAAGCUAUAGGCCCAAUACAUUAUUGGCUUUGCUUGAAUUGUUCUGCCAAUGCAUUGUUGUUCGGGACAUUUAAAAAAAUUAUAUUUCAAAGUUUGAGGUAGGCUAUAUGAUCACACCGGUAAUAGAUCUGUUGUUGUAUUACUUGUGAGGCACAGCUGAGGGAGCAUACAUUUAAAUAAUUAACUUUUUAUUUUAUUGGGCUCAUAGUGACUGCAUCUGAUGGUCAGUCUCAGCGGAGGGAGAGAGCAGCAGACUGAGGGUCCUGCCUCUCAACAUCCCUCCGCUCAUCCCUUUCCUCCGCUGACACUGACCGAAAAGGGACACCGCACCGUCUUCUAGCUCAUGGCGAAACUCGAGUCACACCGCAUUAUUUCGUUGUUGUUACUCCCAUGAACAGAGAAAGUGUUGCUACCAUGCUGUGUGGUUGUCUUAGGUCUCUCUUUAUGUAGUGUUGUGGUGUCUCUCUUGUCGUGAUGUGUGUUUUGUCCUAUAUUUUAUUUAUUUUUAAUCCAAGCCCCAUCACCGGAUGAGGCCUUAUGCACAUAAGAAUUUGUUCUUAAGUGACUUGCCUAGUUAAAUAAAUAAAAAAGUGGAAUUUUCCUCGAUAUUAAAAAAGACCCAAGCCAUUAAUAAUAACAAUGUAAGCCUAUAGAUACACUUUCCUACUCAUUCAUUACUGCUACAGUGCUUGUUGUAGCGCUGAGUGGAAAUAGGAAGAAUGCGCAUUUUAUGGCUUAUAAAAGUGUUGAAUACAAAGUGUUGACAGUGCUUAGAAAGAACUUAAACAUGAACUCACUCAUAGAUUUAGAAAUCUCAUAGGAUCAACUUUGCUGUAGCUUUCUUUUGUGCCUGCUACGUUACUGCAGACACGGUAAUCUGAGCCAUACGAUUGGCCAGCGGUAGGCCUAUAGUGCACUUGAUUUGCUCUCCGGGCCCGCCGGGAAGGCAGAGUUUGUACCUUCAGACACAUGAAAUGGUUCAAAAUGGCAACAGUUCGCCUACCCGGCACACAGGGCAGCUGAAUCAGGUGCACCUAACGCUAACGGCCCAAGAUUAUUUAAAAAAAUAGGAACACAAGGUUUAAAAAAAAAAAUAGGAACACAAGGUUUUUACAGAAAUAUUGGACGAUCCACUAGGAAUAAUAAUUAUAAUAUGCCAUUUAGCAGACGCUUUUAUCCAAAGCGACUUACAGUCAUGUGCACAUACAUUUUUACGUAUGGGUGGUCCCGGGGAUCGAACCCACUACCCUGGCGUUACAAGCGCCAUGCUCUACCAAUUGAGCUACAGAGGACCACCUCUGGAAUGCCUUGGGAGGUCACGAUUGACUGGUUGGUGACCACUGCUCUAGAAAGUUGAAUGAAGUUCAAUCUCAUGCUUCUCUCUCUGUGGGCUGAUAUGUCUUCUGCACCUGCGCGCGCAGCUUAGAGGGAACAUUUUUACAGAGGGUGGUGCGUACGGCCCAGUAUUUCACUGGGGCCGAGCUCCCUGCCAUCCAAGACCUCUAUACAAGGCGGUGUCAGAGGAAGGCCCUAAAAAUGGUUGAAGACUCCAGCCACCCAUGUCAUAGACUGUUCUCUCCGCUUGCUGUGCAGUAGCAGUACUGAUGCAUCAAGUCUGGAACCAACAUGACCCUCUUACAUCUUCUACCCCCAAGCCAUACGACUGCUAAAUAGUUAGUCCAGGUAGCUAGCUAUUGGUGAACUAUUUAUCUAUCUGCAUUGACCCUUUUUGCGCUAACUCUUUUGACUCAUCACAUAUGCUGCUGCUAGUGUUUAUUAUCUAUCCUGUUGCCUAGUGACUUUAGUUUAUCCCUACCUAUAUGUACAUAUCUACCUCAAUUACCUCGUACCCCUGCACAUCAACUCGGUACUGGUACCCCGUGUAUAUAACCAAGUUAUCGUUACUCGUGUAUUUAUUCCUUGUGUUAUUAUUUUUAUAUUUCUCUUUUUUUCUCUCUGCAUUGUUGUAACAGCAUUUCACUGUUAUUCUUCACCUGUUGUUUCCGAAGCAUUUGAUUUGAUAUGACAUUCAGUAAUAUAGCAUUAGUACUCCCUUGCCCUGAGCAUGCACAUUUGGUCACUGGUCUCUCCCUGGAGAGCUUUUGUGGUUCCUGGCAGUAAUAGGCUUGGCUUAGAUGGCAUACCAUAAAUAAGUGAGGUGAUCGGAAAUGGCCAUUUAACAUAGAGCUCUACAUAUCUUAUUUUGGAACCACAACACUCCUCAGUCCUCCUCUGUCUCCGACAGGAAGACACAGUGAGACAUAUUAGAGCUGCUCUGCGGCCUGUUGAUUCUUAACCUGUCAUUUAAGAUAAGAUGUAAGAUUUAAUUCAAUGAGUGUGGUUGUUUGUGUGUAAUACGAUUGUGCCUAUGUGAUCUUUGCAGCGUUUGUAUUGGGUUUUGAGUGUUACAGUAGCUUUCCUGUCUUCUGUGUCUUGCAGGGAUAUACACACAAGAUCACAGACACUGUUUGACACACGCAGGGCAUGAGGACACAGAGUGCCUAGAUAGCUAGGUCAUGGAGUAAGUGGCAGACACACAGACAGACAGUGUGUACUGGACACCCCAGUGUACAUGACCAGCAUGCCUCAGAUUCCUGAAACUUGUCUGUCCCACUUUCUAGGCCCUGGCCUGGCCUGCUCAACCCUCUGCUUUUCACUGUUUGUCUCUAUCUACCCAUAGCAGACCUAGGCUCAAAUACUAUUCGAAAGCAUUUAAAAUACUUUAGCUGUGUUUGAUUGAGCUUGCCUGGCAUAAUGGUACCAUUAGAAAAGUCGCAAAAGUGCAAACGCUGCCCAUCUUGCACUCCAGGCAGGCAGAAGUAAAUUCUCAAAGUAUUUGAAAGAUUUCAAGUAGCAUUUGAACCCAGGUUUGAUAGAAAGUAGAGACCACUCACCAUGGAAAUCUGCAGUGUCAUAGUGUUCAUUGGAUAGACUGAUUCUAGUGGCACUUCUCUGGGUCUGUGCAAGGAGGCUGUUAGUGGUAGGACCACUCCAAGAAGCAUAAAAAUGUAUUAAGUUGGUGUGCGUGCGUACGCGUGUGUAAAAUGCUGUUAUCAAGCAUUGAAGUGCACUGUAAAUGCAUUGCCUUGGGAUUUUCUGUGUUGAGUAGAGAGGUGGCUGUGGAAAAGUAUCUGAGUGGUGACUAUGGAUUGAUUUAUGCAUUAUGAAUAAUGUAAAUGGUGACCGCCUCGGAAGGGAGAAAGGUGCUGUAAUGGUUUUUGACUGUAGGUGCUCCCAGGGUAGAAAGAUUUAGGGGAGACAGUAUAGUAGUGUGAAGGUAAUGGAAAGGGAGUGCCUCAAGGUACUGUAUUUGGUCUCUUCAAAAUGUAGCGAGACCAAACAAAGAACGUGCCUACUGCUCACUCAACAAAGUUUCAGUUUAUUCUGUGCGUAAUAAUGUGACUAAAUGAAUGUGAAACAGUUAUUUGUAAGACAAUUCACACUUGAAUACACACACAGUUGGACAGCAGUGUCUACCUCAUAACAUGCUUAUUGCAUUAACUUUUUAGAAGUUGUUUUAGACGUUUUACCCUCAGAUGUCUUGGGUCACUGUCCUACGUCAGAAGGCAGUAUUUGAAUGGUUACUCGACAGUCAAUCGAGUAAUGGUUAUGUCGGAAUUCAUUGAGGACACCUGUGCAAGUAUUGGAUUUGCAUUUUGAAAAGCACAGUGUGUUAAAUUGCAGGUAGCGUGCUAACAUUUAGUUGCUGUGCUGUGCCCCAAUUCUGUUUGCUGUCAGGGUAACUGGCAUGGGGUGACCAGGCUUGUUGCUCAGUGCCCGUAUUCAUAAAGCAUCUCAGAGUAGCAGUGUUGAUCUAGGAUCAGGCCCUGUUUGUCCAUGUAAUCUUAUUCAUUAUAAUAUUAAAGUCCAAACAGAUCCUACUCUGAGAGUAUGGGCACAGAUGACUAAAUGUCAAUACCAUAGAAUAUUAUUCAGUGAGACCAAUAGUGUCUUCUCUCUUGGUCCUUCUAUCAGCCAUCCCUUCUCUGUUGUCCGAAAGUUCAGGGCUGCAGGCAGCCAGAAUAUCACUUCCAUCAUGACCCUAAUUUCUCUCCACUGCACCGAAACACCAUGGAAUAUUAAUCAGCCAAACCUCCCCUGGCCUGCAGCUCAACACAAAACAACACCUCUUCUCUUCUCAUUUCCACCAACUCUUACGCUUAGUAGUUUAAGGUUUCAUUUGUAUUCAGCCUACACACUGCGCCUCCAGACCGGAAUUCUUGCACAUUUAUAUCAUAGACACUACAUUGUAUAUAUCAUACAGAUUAUCAGAGCGGUCGCACUCAGCGCUGCUACCCAUUGUGUUCUUUAUGACCAUAGUCCUCAGGUGCUCAUGAGAGCAACACUACCUGUCUGUCAAGACUGCACUGGCUGUGACCUUUGGAUUCUACCUCGCCAUAUCUAGCCCAGGGAAUAUAACACGUACUUGUGUGACUGUAUUUCAAGUAGGGUAAUAGUUAUAAAAAGGGAUUUUUUUUCUUCAUCUACCAGUGUUGUGGUUGUGUGAUGUGUGGGCUGGGGUUCACAACAAAAGUUUUUAAUUACUUUGCUCAAUACGACUGCAAUUUUCUGACCUGGCUGUUAGGUCACAGAGAGGCAGGGACUCAGCAAAUCUCGAAUAGGCAGAUUGCUUUGCAUUUGAUCUUUUAAUAUAAAAGCAAUCAUAGCUAUUGUUAAAGUGUAUUGAAAACUUUCCCGCAACUUUCAUUCUUAGUAAAAUAUGUAAUUUAGCGCUCUCUCAUCCACUCAAAAGGGCACAUCAGGAGUUGGUUUUGUGGCAUUGUGAUGUUGUCUCUUUGGGGCACUUUGUCUCCUUCUUGUGAGUCAGUUUGAUCCAUUGAGAUGUGGUCGGUCUUUGCCUGCAGUCUGUGACGGAGCCAGGGUGGAAAGAGGUGUUAGGUUGAUCAUUACAUAGUUCCAGAUUUGUAACUGUCCCAUGUGGAUGACAUCACAGCCUCCCACAUGUCAGAGCAUAAGAGGAAGGAAAGAGGGGGAAGGAAAAGGAAGUCCAGUGGUGGUAAUUUUGGGUGGUGGAGACUGGAGAGUGACUUCACCCAUUCGGCUUUAGCCAAAAUAGUCACAAACCCCCAAUUAUAUAUGGACUCCGACAUUUUUGUUCUCGAAUGGGGAAGUUGUGUUAUUCCUUCACUCUAUGUUCUUCUGUCAGUACAUGUUUUAAUUCUGUGUAGGCUAGGCUUUGUGUUUUGGUUUAACUUAUUUUCACUUGUUUGUUUGGUUUCACAUGGGUUUGUGGUAUGCAUCCAAGUUGGCCAACGCCCAUGAUCACCCACUAAAUCCCCUUAUGAUGAGGGAUUCUAGUUGCCAUCCUCUGCACACUCUUACUCUGUCCCUCUUUCUGUUUCUCUCUCCUUUUCUCCAUAUAUCCCCCCUUGUGUAUAUCUCUCUCUCUGUCCUCUCUCUCUGCCCUCGUUCUGUUUCCCCCUCUCUAUAUAUCUUCCCCUCUGACUCUUCUCCCUGUCAUUGCAGUGUGUUUGGCAGCAGGCCCGUUGCCAUACAGAGACCCCAACAAUGGCUCCUCUCUCUCUCUCUGAGUACAUCACUGAGCACAUCCACAUCGCUGGCCCAGUACUUAUUUAACAGUGGCAGGCUUUGAGAAGGGGACCGCAGUGUAUCUGUCUCGUCUCAGCUCAUCUCGCAUGCCAGCACACACGCUCGCUCUCUCUCUCUCUCUCUCUCUCUCUCUCUCUCUCUCUCUCUCUCUCUCUCUCUCUCUCUCUCUCUCUCGCUCACUCGCUCUCGCUCUCUCUCUCUCUCUCUCUCUCGCUCACUCGCUCUCGCUCUCUCUCUCGCAGCCCAUGGCGCCGAUGUCCAACUAAGGGUCAUCAGAGUAAAUGCUCAUUCCAUAACUGAUGAUAUGAGCUGAGCUCUGGCUUGUCUUUUCCAUGAGGUCUGAUGUCUCAGUCAACAGAGGGAUGCCGAAGAGCUCAGUCAGUUAUGACUAGAGGAGUAGCUAGGAGGGACUAGAAUGCUUCUUGUAACAUAAAUGUAUGAAAGUAGCACUCUCGGAUGUUGUGAAUCAAUUCAAAUUAAAAGUUGAAAUGUCAAAUGGUGUUGAUAUUGAUAUACAAUAUGCUUCAUGGAGUGGGUCCUUCUUUUUUGUGGUAAUAAUGCAUUGGUCCUCACUGUUGACUUGGUUGGCUACCCAUGCCCAUCCACUCUCUUCUCUGUGGAGCUAAGCAGCAGGUUGCCUGAAUGCCAGUCUUAUUUUCAUCACUUCCUCAAGCAGACCAUAACAUGUAUAAUUCACACAGGUUUCGCUCUGCCAGGUGCCUGCCAGCGUCCCCCCAAAAUACCUAGUGUAUGUGAUGGAGGAGGUCUGGUUAGCUGUGUGUGUCUCUCUAUGCCAGGUAGACUGUACAACAGAUGGCAGGUGACUGAGAAUAACAUGUCAAUAUGGAGGAGGCCUGUUCCCAUAGAAAUAGAAUGUCCGUUCUAGUCAUUCAAUUUCUAUACACCUACUGUUCAGUAUCAGAGUACAAUUCAAAACAAUAUAGCUAUACUCUAUAGGCUACAUGCAACUAGAUUCGAUACUAAGUACAUCAUAAUGACUUCCCAAAAUCAUACACUAUUUGCUUCUUCCAGCAUUGCUGCACUGUGUGGCAUUAUCAUACUUGCCACUGUGUUGCACAGAAGAGAGUAAAUCUCCUGUCUAUGGACCUUUGUGACAUACUUUCUCCACCAUCAUUGUUUUUAGCCCUGGAUGAAUAAUUUAAAGCACGUUGCCCCAGCGUUUACCCUGAGAGACUAUGUGGAAGAAACUCGGCUCAAUGCUGAAUGUUGCAUAGGGAAUGUAGGGCGACAGUGCUGAGUGGACAAAGGAGCCAAAUAUUUCCCCCUAGGCCUUUGUGAGGCCUCCAAAGCCUGGGCAAAGUUAUGUUUGAGCAGGGAGCUUCAGGCUCAAGCUGCCAAGUGUGAGUCACACUGCCACUGAGCCACUGACCCAGCCGUAGAGCUCUCGCAACCAACACAUUUUACAUUGACAUUUUAGUCAUUUAGCAGACGCUCUUAUCCAGAGCGACUUACAGGAGCAAUUAGGGUUAAGUGCCUUGCUCAAGGGCACAUCGACAGAUUUUUCACCUAGUCGGCUCGGGGAUUAGAAUCAGCGACCUUUCGGUUACUGGCACAACGCUCUUAACCACUAAGCUACCUGCCGCCCCACCCUGUCCAACUGUUUCUAAUUCUAAAGGUUUUUGCAGGUGCAACCUGUAAUUCCAUUGUCUUACGUGGUCACAGGAUGAAAUGCAUACACAAUCAAGGUCCAAUUAAACUGUACACACACAAUAACAAACAUGGUGCCACGUAAGCCACCUAAUCAGUGUUCAGUUUACUCAAAAAGACCAGACAAUACUUUUUAGUAUGAAACUACAGAUUACACCUUUUUAAAAAUGUAUGUUUGGCUAAAUUUAUGAUCACCUUUGUCAUAAAGAGAGGAACCUGCAUGUAUUUUCCCCCUCCUCUCACUAAAUAAAUCUGUUCCUCCCCGGUAGAAUCAUCAAGAGGCAGAGAGGCAAUUACCUUGUUUUGUUCUGCCAGGGAGAGAAUUCACUCAGCCCUGACUGUCGAUAAAUCAGCCGGUCGUUCUGAGAGAGGAGUGUGGGGUAAAGUUAGAGAACCAGACCAGAGAACGGAGAUCUUGUAACUAUUAGAGUGCUAGUGGAUUAAGCAUAUCUUGUGUCAUUUAGACUUCAAGGUUUGCCAGUGGGUGAGAUGUAUCAUAUUGUUUUUGUCAUGCUGUGCUUUAUCAUUGUUGUGUGUUUUAUUGUUUUACAUUAUUGAAGCUGAGAGUUAGUUGAGUAGCUCAGCAGAGACCACAAUGCACAAUGCCUGUGUUCUCUGUUGAUCUCAUACUAUGACUUGCUGGUACAGUAUGUAUGUACAGGAAACUGCAGGUAUGUGCAUUAUGAUCCUAAGCAUUUUAUGAUCAUAAGCAGUAUGCUAUAUAAAGUUAUCCCAUGGAGAAGGGGUUUCCUAAUAGACCUUGACUCUACCUGUUGCACCUGUUACCUUCUAGAGACUAUGAAGUAGAGCAAUACCUCACUCAGACCCACCUCCAGACAAGCUGUUGCUUUGGAAUGAGGACAGGUUUAAUUCCAUCUCUAUACUGUGGUGUGUUACGCUUCACACUUUUCUCACCUGGCUUCUUUUUCUCUCGUUCUCCGACCAGCUCCCCACCUGGCUCAGGACGCAAACGCCACAAAGGAAUACACUGAGGGGGUGACAGGCCCCCAUAAAACAGGCGCAGCCCAGAUAAUGGAAACCAUCACGAAAAAGGACAAGGAAAGGAGAGUGGGGACCCCCACGAAACUGGACGUCAUCCCGAAGUCACCUGCUACACCAACGUCGCCCAUGCCUGGCUCAAGUCCUAGCCCCAAACCUAAUAAAGGUAAGUCUCCCUAUACUGUGGUGUUACCGGUAAUAAAGGAAAUGGUGUGAACAUGGCUUCCCAUUAGUAUGUGUUUCUAUCUACCAUAGAGCAUUUGAAGUAGCUUAUGACCAUUUUCAGGGGUAGGAACACAGCAAUCGAUGUCCAUGGUUGUGUAAUAAAGGCUAUCUUCAGCAGUGCCCUGUGAUUAUUGAUCUAUUACCUCAGUGCCCAGGUGAUAUCAUCCGACCCCUCGGGAAAACAAAAUGGUUCAGUCCAGGAUUAUCCUGACCACAGGCUUUCAGUGCUGGGGGUAAAUCCAAUAGACCUGGUGCAGGGGGUUAGUUACAGCGCUUACAGCUCACAUGACAAAAUCCAUUUAAGCUAGAAUUGUGUUGUUGUGGGUUUAUAGAAUUGAGCCUAAAUGUUAUUUUUGUUGUAAUUUCUGAUGUAAUGUUGUGUGGAUGGCUAAUGCUAUUCACUAACAGUCUAAUCGCUAAAGGGCUAUAGCUAGCCUGCUUGCUAAUCACCUCCGGUCUCUAAUGAAAGUUGGAAGAAUGAACCUGACUGGGCAUCACAUUUCACUGAGUGAUGCCAGGGGGGCAUUUAGACUAGCUUGACCCGCUGCACCACCACCACCUUUGUUUCCACAAUGCCACUACUUGUCCUGCCCCGAGCGCUGGCUAAUGUAGCACAUGCAAACACGUGUUUGGGGGGUUUUGUGAACAUAAACUUACUUUCUCUCUGCCCUUUAAUCUAUUGACUGUGGUCAUGGUCUAUUUAACCGUAGCGUGAUGUGGCAGAGCUGAACCAAAAUAGUUCUACUGACUGAUUUCCCGAAAUGAUCACAGUAACGCCAAAUUAGAAUUCUGAUUUUGGUGUGCCAGAUCAGAUCAAGGAGAUCAUUUUAGUGACGUCGGAAUUGAACUGCAGGACCCUCAGUAGAUAACAGAUCUUGGAUCAGCUUUUGUAAUGUAAAAGAUAUUGGUAACACUUUACUUAAAGCCUACAGUUAUAAUGCUUUAUAACCUGUUAUAAGCAUGUAUGAGCCUUUGUAGUGGCUUAUGAUAAGGCGUAUAAUGUUAUGUCUCUGGAAGGUCUGUUAGAAGCGUUUGAGCACCAAUAAGUCAACAAACUUCUAAAACGACUUCUGUCACUUCCUCUCCUUUAGGUUGCCUUUCUGCUCAGUCAUGCAAGCUUACCUCUGUGUUUUAUCUUACCCUGCGGGUAGGAGGAAGAGGAAAAGGAUGAGAAACACUCUGCAGCUCUUAAUUAGCUAAAUUAAAUGGCAAGGCAUGCCUUUGAGAGCAUUACCUCCAUAAUGGUCGCUUUAAUUAAACUUUGGCACAUCUCGGCCUCGUGUCUGACAGCUCAUGGCACUUGGCCAGCGGCGGUCCCUUGCCUCCUGCUCCUGGGAGGUUGUUAGGGUCCCUGUGUUUUCAAGAGAUCUUUAAAGGACCAGGGAUUUUACUCUUCACUAUGACUGCUUCAGUUCAGCCACACACACACACGCAUGUCACACACACACACACACAGCUCCCCCAAAGCCCUCUCCAUGGCACUUGUUAUUUGUUGCUAUGGAGACUUGGUUUUUACUGUAAAACUUUAUUGUGGAUUUCCCAUGGACAUAAAUACAUUGCCUUCAGAAAGUAUUCACACCCCUUGACUUUUUCCACAUUUUGUUAUGUUACAGCCUGAAUUAAAAAUUGAUUAAAUUGAUAUUUUUUGUCACUGGCCUACAUACAAUACCCCAUAAUAUCAAAGUGGAAUUAUGUUAUUAGACAUUUUUACAAAUUCAUUUAAAAUGAAAAGCUGAUGUCUUGAGUCAAUAAGUAUUCAACCCCUUUGUUAUGGCAAGCCUAAAUAAGUUCAGUAGUAAACAUUUGCUCAACAAGUCACAUAAUAAGUUGCAUGGACUCCCCCUGUAUGAAAUAAUAGUGUUUAACAUUAUUUCUGAAUGACAACAUCAUCUCUGUACCCCACACAUACAAUUAUCUGUAAGGGCCCUCAUUCGAGCAGGGAAUUUCAAACACAGAUUCAACCACAAAGACAAGGGAGGUUUUCCAAUGCCUCGCAAAGAAGGGCACCUAUUGGUAGAUGGGUAAUAAUAAUAAAAAGCAGACAUUGAAUAUUAAUUUAAGCAAGUUAUUAAUUACGAUUUGGAUGGUGUAUCAAUACACCCAGUCACUACAAAGAUAAAGGCGUCCUUCCUAACUCAGUUGCUGGAGAGGAAGGAAACCUCUCAGGGAUUUCACCAUGAGGCCAAUGGUGACUUUAAAACAGUUAGAGUUUAUGUGAUAGGAGAAAACUGAGGAUGGAUCAACAACAUUGUAAUUACUCCAUAAUAUUAACUAACCUAAUUGACAAGAGUGAAAAGAAGGAAGCCUGUACACAGGACAAUAACCAAAAACACAAGGCCAAAUCUACACUGGAUUUACUUACGAAGAAGACAGUGAAGUGGCCGAGUUAGUUUUGACUUAAAUCUGCUUGAAAUACUUAUGUAAAUUAGAUAUUUCUGUAUUUCCUUUUCAAUAAAUUUGCACAUAUUUCUAAAAACAUAUUUUCACUUUGUCAUUGUGGGCUAUUGUGUGUAGAUGGGUGAGAUUGUUAAAAAUAUUUAAUCAAUUUUGAAUUCAGGCUGUAACACAACAAAAUGUGGAAUAAUUCAAGGGAUAUGAAUACUUUCUGAAGGCACUAUAUAGCCAGAAAAGCAGUCCCAUCUUCAUCCAUUGAGAGAAGUGGUCCAUUUAAAGGAUACCUAUUGGAUAUGCCCAGACAAAAGUUCCCUAUGCAUUGAACUCGGAACCCAGAACCAAAUCCUGUGUGCGCUAGCUAGCUACUUUGUCUUUACAGUCUGCCAUGAGAGCUAUGCAUCAAACUGCUCCUCUAUUCCUUUCAAAAUACACACACACACACACACACACACUAGAGCUUUUUACAGCAGUAUACAUAAUCAGACCUAGUGUCAAAGUGGGUCAGAGGAUGUUAUAGGGAGGCUGCUGCUGUUCUGCCCUAUCUGGUGGAUUGUUUCAGCACUCUCAUGAUUGUGUUAGAAUCAACUGAAGUAUGAAUUGUGACAUGGAUGUAGAACAUGUGGUCUGUGUAUGGAAGGAAAGGAUGGAAGAUGAUGCUCGAAACCUUCACACAUACAGUAGAAUUCAACUUGGCCAGUUAAAUGCUGAUCAAUUGUCAUGAAAAGGUAGUAAAUGGUGCUUGGCAUUUGAGAAUUACAUCACAAUUACAGUAUGGUGUAUUCAUUCAGGGAGUUUUGCUUAGGUCAUAAUUAUGCAAUUAAUCAUAUACAACAUGAUCAUCUAAUUAUAUUUAUUAUUAUUAUUAUCGUUCAAAAGCAAUUGGGGUUAAAUUGGUAAUUGGUUAUGGGUCAGGGGCAAUGUUCCACAAAUAAUCUAUACUAAACAAAGGGGUGCAGUAGAAUUCCUGUAACAGUAGGACUAUGCUUUCCAGGCAUGAGUUAAGGUGCUCAGAGGAAUGCAGACACCAGAGAUGUUACAGAAGGAAAAGAUAAAUCAACACUUGAAUGCUGAAAAACCAUUAUUGACUUGGCACAAGGGAAAAUUAAACCCUGUUUAUAGCUAUAUCCUGUCUAGGAGUAGGUGCAGGGACGGCUUGUUCAAUAGGGCGAUAUGGGCGACGCACUGCCAAACGGGAAAAGGAAGGGAUUUUUUUUCUAAUCAAUUAUAUCACGGCAACAGCAGUUAUCAGUGUUCACGUCUGAUCUGCCAGCCACUAAAUGUCAAAUCAGGCUAAAGUCGUGCUUCAAAUGGCCCCGCCCGUUUUUGGGGCGAUUUCAGUCAAGUUGAAAAUCGCCCAGAAGUCUCUCAUAGCCUGUCAUGUAAAAUCUAUUUUUUUCACAUUUCAAAGCUUUCAAUACAUUCUCUAUGGGUGUCUGUGGGCUUGCACUUACGCGCUUUCGUCAUACGUGACGUAACGUUGAACGUAACUAAGACAAUGGCGGCUAGAAGCGUCUCUGUUGCGACCUGCAGUGCGGCGUUAUUUUAUGUUUUUAAUUUGUAGACUUAGUUUACAAACAUUCUGCCAACCAUGGAUUUCCAGUGGUUGGUUUUGGACUGAUCUUGUUGAUCGUGUACAUACCCGCUACGAACGGACUAAAUAAUGAAAACGCUGCUGGCAGCUGAAUCCCAAUACAGCUGGGAGACUUGGCUGGAUGAGUCCCGGACAGAGAAGUGGAGCCGGCCACCUUCACCCUGGUCAGAGCGGACCGCGAUCCUGGUAAGAGAGCGACUCUGUACCCCGACAUUGAACUGCUUUCUGUGUCAUUGCGACCUUACUAUCAAUUCAAUUCAAUUUAAGGGCUUUAUUGGCAUGGGAAACGUGUGUUAACAUUGCCAAAGCAAGGGAAGUAGAUAGUAAACAAAAGUGAAAUAAACAAUAAAUAUUAACAGUAAACAUUACACUCAGAAGUUUCAAAAGAAUAAAGACAUUUCAAAUGUCAUAUUAUGUAUAUAUACAGUGUUGUUACAAUGUGCAAAUAGUUAAAGUACAAAUGGGAAAAUAAAUAAACAUAAAUAUGGGUUGUAUUUACAAUGGUGUUUGUUCUUCACUGGUUGCCCUUUUCUUGUGGCAACAGGUCACAAAUCUUGCAGCUGUGAUGGCACACUGUGGUUUUUCACCCAGUAGAUAAGGGAGUUUAUCAAAAUUGGGUUUGUUUUCGAAUUCUUUGUGGAUCGCUGUAAUCUGAGGGAAAUAUGUGUCUCUAAUAUGGUCAUACAUUUGGCAGGAGGUUAGGAAGUGCAGCUCAGUUUCCACCUCAUUUUGUGGGCAGUGUGCACAUAGCCUGUCUUCUCUUGAGAGCCAGGUCUGCCUACGGCGGCCUUUCUCAAUAGCAAGGCUAUGGUCACUGAGUCUGUACAUAGUCAAAGCUUUCAUUAAGUUUGGGUCAGUCACAGUGGUCAGGUAUUCUGCCACUGUGUACUCUCUGUUUAGGGCUGUUUUUUUGUUUGUUCUUUCCAAUGUGUCAAGUAAUUCUCUUUUUGUUUUCUCAUGAUUUGGUUGGGUCUAAUUGUGUUGUUGUUGUUGUUGUUGUCCUGGGGCUGUGUGGGGUCUGUUUGUGUUUGUGAACAGAGGCCCAGGACAAGCUUACUUAGGGGACUCUUCUCCAAGUUCAUCUCUCUGUAGGUGAUGGCUUUGUUAUGGAAGGUUUGGGAAUCGCUUCCUUUUAAGUGGUUACUAUCUGCCCCGUGAGUUCCCCCAAUUGUUUGUUACCGUUGUGUACUGUUGAUAAUCACAAGUUUACUGGAGAACUGAGACCAAGUAGAGACUUUGGACAGGGUGGAUAUGGUAUAAUAAAGGCAGUUUAUUCAGAGGUAAAGAUAUCUGGAAUCGCGUGCACGGACUCGUGCACGUGUGUAGGUCACCUAAAUCAUCAGAAAAAUUGCCCCUCCUGAGAAUUUUUUCAGGAGCCGCCACUGAGUAGGUGCAUUACUUCACUGAAUGCAAUUACGUGUUCACUCAUGAAUACUCACCAGGAAACUGUAGCCAAGGUGUGCCAUGGUGUGACUAACCACCAGUCCUAAUCAGAGUGUUUUCCACGUUGCUCAUUCACUUCUAUUAGAUACUAGAGUGGAGUCUCUAUGUGGCUCUGAUAUAGUUGCCAGAUUUGACUGCCAGCUUCCAGCGUUUUAUCCCUCUGCAGUUGUGGGGCUGGAUUGGGGCUUCUCUCUGUGUACAAUGACCUCUCACAUUCACUUCCUCUCUCUCACUCUUUCUCUUGUUCUCACCCUAGACGCAGUGAAGUCAGAGGACAGACAGAAGCUGGCCAAGGAGCGGAGAGAGGAGAAGGCCAAAUAUCUGGGUAAGCUGAGAUGGGGGUUGAGAGGAGGAAACUAUGUACACAGGGAGAGGAUGCCCCCUAGUGUUGGGGGGUAAGGGGUGGUGGCAGAUUUUGUUUUAGGUUGUGUCGGCAUUGGCUUUCUUUUCAGGCCUACAGAUGGUGUGCACAUGUAUCACAGAAACAUUUGGAAAACGUUGAUGAACGUCAAACCAACCUAGGCUGCGGCUCAAGCUGAGUACUUCAAUGAGAACGAAAACCAAGCCAAUGAUGAUUUAGUAUUUGGCUUUCAAGACACAUAAUAGUUUUCAAUGUGCAUGCUCCAAAUAAAUGUUCAUGUGCUUUUUAUUAAAACAAUAGCCUAGCUAACCCCUUUUUGUUUGAACUCACAAAUGCUUUAAAGGUCCCCAGCUCUGAACUUAUAUGUUUAACCCAACGUCAAUUGAUACAGACUAGUUUUCAAUUGAUGGUAGCAUAUGUCAAUGCCCUGCUUCAAGUUGCCUUAACAAGUCUCUGGCUCUAUUUAUUUUGUCAGUCAAGAUGGCUGCCUGUCACCCGCUUGAGUGUUUUUGUUUGUUUGUUACACAAGCCACGCUGUCCUUGGCUCUAGUGACAUCCUGGCGACGUGCACUGCUUUGCAUGAUUGACAGUUGCUCUUGUCUUCCCUUUCACCCAUCCCCCCUCCAGACAAGCUCGGCCAGAUACAAGGUAAGCCACACCCUAUGUGUCCAUGGUGGUAUUGGUGGUGGUGGUGGUGGUGGUUCUUGUUGCCUUGACCUGCUGUUUUGACCUGUUGCCUUGAUUGAGCGACAAACAGACACAAUUGUUAAAAUCAAUCACCCUCUCUACAAAAAAUAUUUUGAAUGAACUUUCUACAUUACCAUGGAAAUGAUUGCAUUACAGUACCAGGCAGCCAUUGUGAGUGUACCAAUGAGUUUAUCAGUCAAGUUGCCAGGGUUAGAGGUUCCAAGCCUGUGAGGUUCCAAGCCUGUGUUGUAGCAAAUGAUGACUAAUUUGCUACAACACCUUGCUUGUUUCAACAAAGAGCAACAAAGUUUUAUCACGUUGUAGUGUCCAUGUUACCGCAUAAACGGACUCAACUGCAUGAAUGCCCGGCCGUCUGGUCUUCAGUCAGCUGUAUGUUCCACAAAUUUGUAUAUAUAUUUUUUUUUAUAUAGUUAUGACGGUUAUUUUAUUUUCAUGGCGGUCUUCAUCCAUAACCGUCGGUUACAUGGUUAUACGGUAAUUGUGCCAGCCCCACAUUGCUUGUGUGCACAUUUUCUCAUAGGACGUUAGCCUAGUGUCUACUUCCAUCACAUUUUUUCCUUCCAUGUUGAGUAAAUGAUACAAAGUAUAUUGAAAGCAGGUGCUUCCACACAGGUGUUUUCCCUGAGUUAAUGAAGCAUUAUAGCAUCCCAUCAUGUAUAAAAAUGCUGGGCAGGCCAUUAUUUUGGCCACCAUGGCUAUGCCCCCAUGGGAUGACAAUGCCCCCAUCCACAGUGCACAAGUGGUCACUGAAUGGUUUGAUGAACAUGAAAACUAUGUAACCCAUAUGCCAUGACCGUCUCAGUCACCAGAUCUCAACACAAUUGAACACUUAUGGGAGAUUCUGGAACGGCGCCUGAGACAGCGUUUUCCACCACCAUCAACAAAACACCAAAUGAUGGAAUUUCUUGUGGAAGAAUGGUGUCGCAUCCCUCCAAAAGAGUUCCAGACACUUGUAGAAUCUAUGCCAAGGUGCACUGAAGCUGUUCUGGCUGGUGGUGGCCCAACGCCCUAUUAAGACACUUUAUGUUGGUGUUUCCUUUAUUUUGUCAGUUACCUGUAGAAUUAUAUCAUAUAUCAUUUAUUACCACUAAAUGCAGUUAUUUUGCCAUUUUAUACAGGAAUUAUAAAGAGAGGAUAGGAAUCAAAAGUUACAUCACCCUUGCUAAACGCCAAAUGUGUUUAUACUUAAUCUCAGAACCCAAAUCCAAAUCUCACAUUCCCUGGCCAGCUACUUCAUUUGUAAAUAUUUGUCUGUCAUGAGAGACUCGUUUUUACUAGAAAGGUCAUAUUCAUUGUCCCAAAUGUUCCAUUGUCACAAUUGGAGUACAAAGCUGGAAGCUUCUUAAUUAAAGAACCUCAUAGAAGUAAUAUAUAUGUCUUCUGGUAAAUCCAGCCUGCAUCCUCAUAGUAAAUUGGGAUAAAAUGGGUUAUACCAUCAUGGAUCAGUCUAAUUGUCAGUCCACUGGGGCAGGAGUCCAGAUAGAGGGUUUCUCCCUGAUUUAAUUCCUUGAGAUUCAAUCUAUAAACUUGUGUUUGCAAUCCCAGCUAGGAGGCAAUCCUGGCUAAGAAGGCCAGUCUUUUUAAGUAUCAACAGCUGGAGCGUACUGUGUCUUCUUCAAAUGUAGGCUAUAUUGUUCCAUUGUUUUCCUUUUUUCCCCUCAAACAAGAUCGUAUUUUCUCCCUGUAUGUUUUAGUAUUUUGAUAGGCCUCUGCUGAGUAAUGCAUGAAUUGUCCACUUUGGCCCAAGAAGAUGUGUUUGGCCCUGUGACCAUAUGAGUUGUCCAUUCUUGGCUCUCUGUAGAGUGUAAUGCAUACUUAAUGUGGACAGGGAGGGAACAGGACUCAGUUAAUGAUUAUUUAAUGGCUCUAGCUGCUGCCUAGCAGACCUAGAUGUUGAGUGUCAAUGCAGGGAAACAUUAGGGGAGAUGAAGGGAAGGAGGACCGUAUUUAAGUCACAUCCACAGGGGAAAUGUAGUGCGGUUGAUCUCUUCAAUAUGCACACAUACACACACACACACACACACUGUUUUAUUGGCUUAACUGGCACUACGCCAUCCUAUUCAAACAAUGACAGAUGUCAAAACUGAUAUCAUAUCACUGGGGACAUUAGUAAAUUAUCUAAGAUCAGUUAUUAACUGAAAGUAUGCAUUUAUUGCACUAAAUAAUUGUCUAUUUGACACCAGCAUUAUAAAAGUUCCCUAUAGCAUUAUCUUUUUCCUACUCCUCAAUGCUAUACAUGUUCUAGAUUAACAUGGCCACUGUGCUGCUCACUGUCAAUGUUCCAAGAUCUCAUGUGGGCCUUGUCAGUGUCACACUCAUGCUGUCUCAUAUUUGAUGUGUGAGGGCAAUGUGCAGUCUGUCAUACUCUCACUGUGACAAGUCAGAGUGCCUUUGAGGCAGUGAAGGCGAGAGCUGUAUAAUUCUCCAUCCAAAGCCAGCUCUUAAAUGUUGCCUCUGUGGACACUGGAAGCCUUGCUUCUCCUUCCUCUUCUCUCCUCCCACACUCCCUCCUUCUCACUCCCUCCUCCCACACUCCCUCCUUCUCACUCCCCAUACUUCAGAUUUACACAAGGUUGAAACCCGAGACAGUCUGCACGCAAUUACCUCUACUGCUAGCCCUCAAAGCUUUGCAUCAACAGAAGUUAAUAAUAUGCCCUUGCCUUACUAGACUCAAAGUACUGUUAUUAAAAGUAAUUAAGUUGAACCGAAAUGCACACUCACUGUAGCAGAUAAGAUGUAGGAACUCAUUUUGUUAGUGCUGGGGACCUCUGGCCUGCUGUGGCAUGGUGUAAUGGUGCUUUUUGUUUCCUGAUGCUUUUUGAGCCUACUUCUCUCAGAUAAAAGCACAGCUGUGCACCUUGCGAUAAAUCUAAGUGUUUGCCUCCAAUGUUGCCCCAGCGUUCCCCUAACUUAAUCUGAUAACCGCCAAAUAACCAGUUGCUUUUGUUGCGUCAAGUACCCCCCACCCCCCUGAAAGAAGCUGAUCGUCCAUGGGGGUUUAUUCAAUAAAGCCAAAAGAUAUAGUGGCUUAUGUGCAAAGAGAGAGAGGCACGUUGUGUCCCAAAUGGUACCCUGUUGCCUAUUUAGUGCCCUAUUUCCCCAUAGGGCUCUGGUGAAAAAGUAGUGCCCUAUGUAGGGGAUAAGGUGCUAUUUGAGAUGCAGCCGCAGUCAUAGAGGUGGUGGCAUAAUGAAUGGCUCAGGGGAUGGGGACGCUUACCAUAUCAAAGCGUGCAGUUUAUUGAAACCGGCGUAGGGAGCUUGAUGCGAUUAACGUGGUAAAGUGUCAGUCCAGGGGUAUCUGCCGAACCUUGCAUAAUGCUGCCUCUGUGUCGCUCUGUGCAAAGUGAAGUAAUUCAAUUUAUAUCUGAGGGAAAGUGGAAAUUCCCUGUUGAAAAGAAACACUGCUUCACACACCCGCACUUCAGAGGGAUUUUAGAUUUGAAAGCACAGUCAACAUCAGAGUGAAGAGGCAUUUGUGUUUCGUUUAAAAAAUACUUAAAAUACUGUUUACCGCAGAUUUACUUUUGGAAGAAGUACAAUUUUUUAUUGGAACAGAUUAAAACACAAGGGACUCCAUUUUUUGUCCAUAGCAAAACGACGUUAAAAUGUUGGUCAACAUCUAACAAUGCAACAGGGCUCUGCAUAGAAGCUGCAAGGGUACGGUAUUCAAAGAGAGAAUAGAAGAUAGUCAAAAAAGAGGAAGAGAGAGAGGGCUCCCCCACAUGGCUUUCACUUGUCCAGUCAUUUCUAAUCAGUGAUUACCUCAAGGAAGGGAGAAAGGAAUGAUGCAAUUUUGAAACAUUUGAACAGGGCCUCAGAGAGCGAGAGAGUUCUCUCUUGAAACCAAUUUUGUUAUCUUGCCACUCUAACCCUCCUGAUGUGGUUCUCCUGUAGCGGCGAAGAAGUCCCAAUGGCUGGACAAAGAGGAAAAGGCCCGGCAGCUGAGGGGGAGCCAGCUGGACGAGCGGCGCAGGAAGCUGGAGGAGCAGCGGAUCAAGACAGAGAAACGUCGCGCCGCCCUGGAGGAGAGGCAGAAACAGAAACUAGAGAAGAACAAGGUGGGUUGUGAGGGAGAAGGGUGAAGUACCCCUAGACGCUGGUCUUAGGUCAGUUUUGCAUUUUCCUCACUAAUGGCAAAGGUUAGUAUUGGGGGAGGGGCAGCUGAUCCUAGAUCUGUACCUAGGGGAAACUUCACCCCAGAACGGGUGGUAAUACUCCUCACAGCAAGCCAAUAUUAGAGCCCUGAUUAUUGUGGGUUCAAUCCCCACGUCCACCUUUCUGCUUUCCCUUCUACUAACCGGUCUCCUCCAUCUAUUUCCACACUGUCUCAAUGAGGGUCAGAAAAAUACUAAAGGAGGGUGGAAUUCCACUCGCCUUAACAAAAAAAGAGAAUAAGGUGGGUGGGUAACUAGAAGAGAAUGGGUUAGAGAAUUAUUAACUAGUACUAACCUAGUAUUUCUCCAUGUUUGGUAUGCAGGAGCGGUAUGAGGCUGCCCUCCAGCGGUCCACUAAGAAGACCUGGGCUGAGAUCCGUCAGCAGAGAUUGUCCUGGGCCGGAGGCCUCAGCCAGAAAUCCAGCCAGAGAGAAAGUGAGUACCUACCGCUGAAAGAGGAACCCAGAACCAGAACCCACAGACCCAGACACUGCCAAAGCCUCUCCUUCCUACAAAGACAACUGCCUCACCUAUAUACAUUUUACACUAUCGUGCCGAGCCGAAUGACUGUUUUGGCUUGGAUCAUUUCUUUUCACAUGGUCCUUCCCAGCACAGUUCCAGCAACUAUGGUGGAUGCGUUAUCAGGCCAGUGCAGUACAGCUCAUUUUGGCUCGCUUCAGUAGUGUGAGAAGGGUACUACUGUGCAGACAUUCACAUUCUGUAGCUCAGCUGGUAGAGCACGGCGCUUGUAACGCCAAGGUAGUGGGUUCGAUCCCCGGGUCCACCCAUACACAAAAUGUAUGCACGCAUGACUGUAAGUCGCUUUGGAUAAAAGCGUCUGCUAAAUGGCAUAUUAUUAUUAUUAUUAUUAUUAUAUUCUACCGUGCCAUAUUUUCACAGUCUUACGGUUGUUUUGCACUUAAGUAAACCAUAAAUUAGGCCACUCACUUUACAGUAUAUAGUCAAUUAGUGACAGUCAAACUUUAAUUCCAGUCACCUUCAACCCUAUUAAGCAGAGGUGGUUCUCCAUGAUUCAGUCUGGCAUCAAUCAGCCUACACUGCUGAACAGCUCCUCUCAACCCCAACACAGAUACAUAGUUAUCUCUAAUUAAAUCACUCUGAGAUAUCACACACGUGUGCGCAGGCAUACACACACACGACAGGUGGGUUGACGUCCAUAUCUGCUCUUGCUGGGAUGUGCCACACUACAGUAGUCUAAUUUCCCUGCAGAGGGAGGGAACAUUGGCUUCAUUCCGCGAGGAAAUAGCUGGGUAAUGACAAGGCUGAGGUGAAUAUGUGAUGUCCAGGCAUGGUUGAGGUGUAUAUGUGGGGGGUGGGGCUGUGAUGGUGUCAGAUAUGUAGUGAUGCCCUGCGAGACACAAACAAUUCUGACCAAUGUUUUCCGGUCUGCGUUUGUGCGACAUACUCAAAAGUCAUCCCCUUAUUCUCUUUCCCCCUGUUUUUGUAGGGUCUCUGGUGCUUCUACAGUGUACAAUUUAUUAAAGGAUUUUAUAUAUUUUUAAUAUUUGAUUGAAAGUUAUGAAGGGGAGACAGAGUGAAUAUAAGUAGUGUGAGGAAGAGUUCUGGGUUCGACCGGGAUUCGAACCCACGCAAGCAGGGUUACAUACUGUAUGUCCCGAAGGCAGUGGCCUUAUCCGCACAACCAAACUCAGGCACAUAGUGUAGGUUACUGCUUGACUGGUUGUUUAAUUCAGGGUCAUUAGCCCGUAGAUACGGAGAAAGUAUUGAUUCUUCAAUGUGAUUCUAUAUGCAGGUACAUAAUAGCCUGCAGUAAGCGGGGCUAUAUCGAUCAUCAACACACAUCAGAAUAGUGGUUAAUUCAUGUUUAGCUAGCAUUGAUUAAUGUUGCCAAAUGCCCCUUCAAAUCAAAUGGUCGGUAACUGCAAUGUACUUGGUAAGAGGUGUAUGAAGCAGUGAUGUCUCUCUCUCUCUCUCUGCUGUUCUCCCCCUUUGCAAGUCUAAAUCUCAGGGGGUCUCAUAUACAGUAUAAUAUCUUACGUCAUGGAAUCACUUAUAGCCUGGUCCCAGAUCUGUUUGUGCUGUCUUGCUCCGUCCCUUAUGAGCCAUAAGUAAUGCCUAAUGUUGACCGCCAAAUCAACCUGCCCCCCAAGGCUCCUCUUUCAGACCCAGUGCACUCAACUGUCAAAGACUGAAAAGUAGAAGGAAAAGAAGAAGGAAAAGAAAUACUGAACGGUAACAAGCGGAAACAAACAGGAUACAGUGGACUACUGAGAAUCCAUCAGUAACAACAACAGACUCAUAUCUGAGGAGGGACAUUGAGGACAGAGACAGAGACAUCCAAUUCCCCCAUUAACAUUAGACUAUACUGUUGUAUGUCUGGUGGCAUUUAAUAAAGGGCACAAUGUUCACUUGAUUAGUCUCUACUAGAGGGUCUGGAGGGGAAUGGUGUUUAAUCAGUGGGUUGUCGCAGUAGUUCACUCCUAGGUGUCAGUUGUGUUACAUGUGUGUCAGUUGUGUUACAUUUGAGUCAGUUGUGUUGACUGACAUUGGUAUUAGUUUGUGUAGUGCAAAAUGUUGUGGUAACAAAAACACUGUUACUACUUUGUGUACAACAGGCUCUGGUUGGGAUAAAGACGGGACGUAUACUCUUUUACAUUUACAAUCUAAUCAUAUCAUUGCAGGUUAGACAUGUGUUCACAGUCCGUUGAUAGUCAGUAGUUUUCAGUGCAGGACGUUUAAGGUUGUUUUGGUGGCACUCUUUCACAAACAGUCAAGUGUGUCUAUUUUGAAUAUCAAGAUCUAACUGAAUGAUGCAUGACCAACUAGACUCAACACAAUAUUUAUUUGAAUAUAUUUUUUCAGUGCAUAGAAAAAGCCCCUAGUUGCAUUAUUUCCAGAUUGUAUUCAAUUGUUGGUGGAGGCUCCUUGAAAUAUACUUUGACAUGACACUUUGACAGUUUGAAUUUCUAUUCUGUUUCCCGUCAUCUCCAUGUCAAAAGGAAUGUCAAAUAACACUGUCAGAUGAAACGUUCAAUACAGAGAUUUUAUUAUUUUGUUUCUUUAUGGAAACAGAAAUAGUUGCCCUCUAGAAAUACACCAUUUUGGUAUUUGGAUGUUUGCUGUAUGUAUGUGUGUCUGGGGGGUGGGAUUGAUAUCACCGUGACACAUCCUGGAGGUCUCCCUCCCUCCCCUGUGAAACAGUGUGACCCAACCAUCUCUGUGGACUACUCUCUUGGCUUCGCAGGCAGAUGCUCGGUGUCGGCGGUCAACCUGCCCAAACACGUGGAUUCGGUUAUAAACAAGAGGCUCUCCAAGUCCUCCGCCACCCUCUGGAACUCCCCCAACAGAAGUAAGACACGCCAGGCCCCCUUUUCCGGGAACGCCCCCUUUUCAUAUCCGUUCACAUUUUAGUGUUUUUUUCCUCCACCGUUUUUUUUUCUCUCCCCGCUGUCUCCAAUCCAAUCGCCUGCCUGUGUUCAAUGGUUGAUUACCAAAUCAUCUUCACCUUCCAAAUUCAAAUCCACCUUUAGUUUUUUUUUUCUAUGGGUAAUGGGUUAUGGUUUUUCCUCCCUCCCUCUACAUUUUGUUCAGUCCCUGCAUUUAUAUACUUCAUACUUUGGUUUGAAUAUAUGGGUUCAUUUACGCUGUCUUCAUAUUUUAUGUCUCACGUUUUUGGUGUUCUUGGGUUAUUCAUUUGGUGGUGAUGGUGUGUCAGUAGAUGUUUUUUCACUCACUGGGAAGUCUUGGUCAAUGUCUUGAAUGGUGAUUCUGAUGAUGAUGAUAUCUUAAAUGGUGAUGGUGAUGUCUUGAAUGGUGAUGAUGUCUUGAAUGGUGAUGGUGAUGAUAUCUUGAAUGGUGAUGAUAUCUUGAAUGGUGAUGGUGAUGAUAUCUUGAAUGGUGAUGAUGAUGAUGAAUGGGUUUUUCCAGGCCUAUUGCAAACCCCAAAAAAACUACACUGUAAAUUUUGGGAAACUAGCUGCCGGCCCAAACCCAAAAAAUUUGAGCAGACACUCAUUUCAGAGUUAAUUUACACAAGUAAGAGGGGUUAAGUGCACCUAGAAAAACCCCUAAAGGGAAAGAGGUUUUUUCCCGAAAAUACGUGGUUAAACGGGGUACAAUUUUACCCGGGGGGAAAAAAUAGGAAAUUUAGUGUUUUUAAAAAAGAAAAGUCAGCCACCAAGGGGGGCCGCGGUUGGAAAAAAGCCACAGGAACAAAUGUGGGGCGGGGGGAAAAAAAGGAAGGGGGGGCGGGGGGAAAAAGAAAAACAGGGUUGCCGGGGGGAGAGAAAGAGCCCCGGGAAAAGGGGAGGGGGAGCGGAGGAGCGGAGGAAGAGAGGGGAGGGCCCAAGGCAGGGAAAGAAAAGGGGGGGGGCCCCGAGGGGGAGCAAAGAGUGGGGGGCGGGGGGGGGAGAAACCCCUUCCCGGGCCCAGGCCAAAAAAGCAGGGAGCCCUUUUCCCCCAAAGGGGGGAUUUUCCCCCCCCUUUUUUCGGCCCCCCAACACCCUCUCUUCUCUCCUUCCCCCUCCUCCCUCCCCUUCUUUCUCUUCUCUUCUCCCCCCUCCCCCCCUUUUUGGGGGGUGGAAACCCACGCAGGGAAGGGGGUUUAAAGGGAAGGGGAAGGGGUUUGGUUUUCCCUAGGGGGGAAAAGCUUUGGGCCCGGGUUUUUUUCUUUCAUCUCUCUCCUUUUCCCUCUUUCUUCUUCCCCCUCCUCCAAUUUUUUUUCUUUCCUUGUUCUCUCUUCUCCUCUUUUCUCCUCUUCUCUCUUUCUUCCUCCUCUUUUGUUUGGGCCCCAAGUUGGGGGGGUUUAAUAAGGAAUACCUUUUGGGUUUUAAAAUGGGGGAAACCCGGUUUGGGUUUCUUUAUUUUUUGGGGUUUCCUGGGGUUCUGAACGUUUCCCACCCGAACCGGGGCCCCAAAAGGGCGGGCGGGGUGAGGAGAGAGAGUCGUUCGCGAGCUGGGAGAUAGGGUCUCUCGAGAGUCGUCACGAGAGAGGGAAUCCUCUCUCUCUCUUCCUCGAGUGUCAGAUCGCAAGAUUUGAGAAGAUCGUCUCUCUCUCUCUGGCUGCUCUGAGCAAGUCUCGCGCGCGCUGCUGCGCUCUGCUCGGCUAUCUCUCUAAAACUCUCUCUCUCUCCCAUCGCUCUCUCUCUUCUCCGUCUAACUAUUCUCUUCUCUCUCUCUCUCUCUCUCUCUCUUCUGCUGAUAACCUUAUUAUCGUUCAGGGCAGGUUUAAUAGGGAAGUGGGACGUGAUUUGGUGUACCAAAAACUACCCCGGGCAAACCUCUGCAGUGGUCUUCUUUCAUCUCUCUCCUCCCUCGUUGUCAAUGUUCUGAACAGCUGCCUCCAUAGCCAGAGGGGUUUUUCUAAAUACAGGAUGUUGCUAACUCUGGCAGUGCCUACUUUAUGGUGCUCCAAUCGUAAAGUAAAGAGACAUACGGGUUCUGUUCUUCCUCCCUCUCAUGUUAUUAUGUGUCUGGAAGUUUGCCCAGUCUAAUAAGGAAUCCACCAUUUCCCCAUAGAGUAUAAGAAUGGGGCAUAGGCCUGGGUUGGUUUGAGGCUUUAUUUGGUGUGCAUGUUUACUAGAGACAUAAGGGUUUAUGCGGGUGAAAUAUUGUGUUAUUUGAUAUGCCAUUAUAAUAUAUAACGUGGGAAAGCUAACUGAGCAUAGCUUAGCUCGUUGUCGCUAUUUCAUAUAAAACGAGAAGCAAACAGCCUUUCUGUGACGCUGUGUUUGGAUCAUUACAUUUUAGUCAUUUACUAAAAUGGGGUUGCAGUAGUGGGGUUGCAAUAGUUAUCAAACAGUUAGUGGGUAUAAGGUGCAUAUUAAUACUGAUGUCCUCUGACGUAGUCAUACAGAAGUGGAGAUAUUCAUUCGUAGGAUUUUGAAUAUAUGUGAUAAUAUUGUUAAUGUUGGUCCCCUCCCCGCAGCCCGUAGCCUCCAGCUGAGCCCGUGGGAGAGCAGCAUUGUGGACCGACUGAUGACGCCCACCCUGUCCUUCCUGGCCCGUAGCCGCAGCGCCGCCAGCGUGCUCAGCAACGGUAAAGACCCUAAGUAGACAUCACACUCACACUGGGAUAGAUGAGACCUGCUAUUAGUGGGGUCGUUUGUCAUUUAGAACAGCAUUUCCCCAUCCUCUCCUCUUGGCCCCCAGCAGUUCCAUGUAUUAGAUAAUUUGUUCCAGUCAGAGCUAGCACAUCUGAGUCAACUAAUCAUCAAGCCCUUGAAUGAGCUUAUGAACUACACUGCUCAAAAAAAUUAAGGGAACACUAAAAUAACACAUCCUAGAUCUGAAUGAAUGAAAUAAUCUUAUUAAAUACUUUUUUCUUUACAUAGUUGAAUGUGCUGACAACAAAAUCACACAAAAAUGAUCAAUGGAAAUCAAAUUUAUCAACCCAUGGAGGUCUGGAUUUGGAGUCACCCUCAAAAUUAAAGUGGAAAACCACACUACAGGCUGAUCCAACUUUGAUGUAAUGUCCUUAAAACGUCAAAAUGAGGCUCAGUAGUGUGUGUGGCCUCCACGUGCCUGUAUGACCUCCCUACAACGCCUGGGCAUGCUCCUGAUGAGGUGGCGGAUGGUCUCCUGAGGGAUCUCCUCCCAGACCUGGACUAAAGCUUCCGCCAACUCCUGGACAGUCUGUGGUGCAACGUGGCGUUGGUGGAUGGAGCGAGACAUGAUGUCCCAGUUGUGCUCAAUUGGAUUCAGGUCUGGAGAACGGGCGGGCCAGUCCAUAGCAUCAAUGCCUUCCUCUUGCAAGAACUGCUGACACACUCCAGCCACAUGAGGUCUAGCAUUGUCUUGCAUUAGGAGGAACCCAGGGCCAACCGCACCAGCAUAUGGUCUCACAAGAGGUCUGAGGAUCUCAUCUCGGUACCUAAUGGCAGUCAGGCUACCUCUGGCGAGCACAUGGAGGGCUGUGCGGCCCCCCAAAGAAAUGCCACCCCACACCAUGACUGACCCACUGCCAAACCGGUCAUGCUGGAGGAUGUUGCAGGCAGCAGGACGUUCUCCACGGCUCUGUCACGUCUGUCACAUGUGCCCAGUGUGAACCUGCUUUCAUCUGUGAAGAGCACAGGGCACCAGUGGCGAAUUUGCCAAUCUUGGUGUUCUCUGGAAAAUGCCAAACGUCCUGCACGGUGUUGAGCUGUAAGCACAACCCCCACCUGUGGACGUCGGGCCCUCAUACCACCCUCAUGGAGUCUGUUUCUGACCGUUUGAGCAGACACAUGCACAUUUGUGGCCUGCUGGAGGUCAUUUUGCAGGGCUCUGGCAGUGCUCCUCCUGCUACUCCUUGCACAAAGGUGGAGGUAGCAGUCCUGCUGCUGGGUUGUUGCCCUCCUAAGGCCUCCUCCACGUCUCCUGAUGUACUGGCCUGUCUCCUGGUAGCGCCUCCAUGCUCUGGACACUACGCUGACAGACACAGCAAACCUUCUUGCCACAGCUCGCAUUGAUGUGCCAUCCUGGAUGAGCUGCACUACCUGAGCCACUUGUGUGGGUUGUAGACUCCGUCUCAUGCUACCACUAGAGUGAAAGCACCGCCAGCAUUCAAAAGUGACCAAAACAUCAGCCAGGAAGCAUAGGAACUGAGAAGUGGUCUGUGGUCACUAACUGCAAAACCAGUCCUUUAUUGGGGGUGUCUUGCUAAUUCCCUAUAAUUUCCACCUGUUGUCUAUUCCAUUUGCACAACAGCAUGUGACAUUUAUUGUCAAUCAGUGUUGCUUCCUAAGUGGACAGUUUGAUUUCACAGAAGUGUGAUUGACUUGGAGUUACGUUGUGUUGUUUAAGUGUUCCCUUAAUUUUUUUGAGCAGUGUACAAUCAUUCUGUCUACAACACAAUUCUGAAACGUUUCAGGGGCACCGAGGAGAGAUUUGAGAAAUACUCAUGGAGGGUAUGUGAAGUGAUGUGUUGUAAUGAAUACCUUUGUUGCUUGUGCUCUGCUUGUGUUUUUAGGGUGUCGUAUUUAUUUAUCUCGAUCUCUCGCCUGCUCUCUAUGUGCCUCUCCUUCCCGUCCCUCCAGAGUCGCCCCUAUGCCCCCGUUCAGCCUCGGCCAGCCCGCUGACGCUGUGUGCCCACCGGCCUCACCACCGCUGCUCCGACCGCUGGAGGGUGACGUCCAGCACGCCCGACAUCACCCAGCGCCGACGCGACUCCACGCCGGUACGUCAACCAAUCCCUUUUUUUUUCUCUUCUUGGAUUUUUCAAUGACAUUGACAGGAUAGAGAGGUGAGUGGAUAGAGAGGGAGAUACAAAUGGAAGAGGGUCAUAGACAGUGAAGGGCACAGACAGGACUCGACCCCUGUCGCCUGGAGGCCUGCGUGGUCCGAAAUCUGGAGCGCUGCUGCUCAACCAGACUACUACCAUCCCUUACAGUUGAAAUACAAUACAAUACUGUUUGGCACUUUGAAUAAGCUAGAAUGUACCGUAUCAUUUUUUGUUUUUAUCAUUUCAUCCUGAUGGUUUGUGUCUCUGCAGAUAGAGAAGAGAAAGAAAGAGAAGAAGGACAAGGAACGGGAGAACGAGAAGGAGAAGAGCGCUCUGAGCAGAGAGAAGGUGCUGAGGAAGAGACAGUCCUUACCCAGUAUGAAGCACAGACCGGACCCCAGGUAACCUGCUCUCACACGGAUCUACUGUAUCUGCACAUUGAACACCCUUUACACACUAGUGAGCCUAGCCGAACCAAGCCAAGCCCAGCUGUACUGUAUUGGCCUGGUUACACAUCCACCAUAGUUGUUGAAAAUUUGCUGGAAAGGACAAUGUGCAAAGUAAAUAUACAAGCCAGCACAGUAUAGAUUGGGUCGACAUUAUAGUGUGAAUAGAGUAAAAGACAUGUUGCCAAAACUUAGAGCUUAGAGUGUUUCCUAAGGUUCGGGAUACAGUAAGAGACAAAGAUACCAUGGUUGUGAGUGCAGAUGGUAAAACCAGCGUGUCUGUGUAUUUAUGUGAACGGAGGCUAAGACUUAAAAGCAUGAGGCCCCUGAGCCUAAGGAUAUUUAUCCAGUGCGUUUAGCAUAGCCAUGGGACAUGGAAAUGGCUGGGGUCACUGACAGAUGGAGGGAAGAGAGAGAAAAAAAACGAGUGCUCUGACUUAGAGAGAGAGAUGCCAGAGGCCUUAAGGAAGAAGAGAAGUACACACACACCACUCUGGUAUAAUGGAACUUUCCCCUCCAAGCUGCGACUAUUACUCUGUCUACUGCUGAGAAACCAUCCCAUAAUGUUACACGUGUUAUGUUGUGUCGUGUCGGACCCUGCUGUCAUGGUGAGGUAAUGUUUAUUGACUGCUGUCUGAGACUUGAGGUUAGCGAGGCACAUAUGUAACUGAAACAGUUCAAUAGUAUUACUUCAAUGGAGGAAUUAGUGGUGAGACUUUCUCCUUGCUUUAUUCUGUAUAGAGAUGGACAAUUUUUUUCAUCCCUAGGACUGGAUAUGACUAAAUGUUCGACUAAACUUUACUUAACUGUUAUUUACUUAUUAUUAUUUACAUAUUUCUAAUAAUUUCUAAUGAUUUGUAAGAUAAAUGUAUUCAUGUUAUUCAUAAUAACUCUCACUCUCUCUCCCCCCCCCUCCCUCCCUCUCUCCAGUCCUAGUCCCUUAUCCAGACAGCGGGCUGCCUCACCUGCCACUACUCCUAGAGCAAGACCUUCCUCCUCCUCUCCCAGCCCUGCUGCUUCCCCCAAACCUCCCUCUUCAGCCCGGGCUAGCCCCUCCACACCCAAGGCCCGGCCCAAGAGGACUAGGACCCCGGCCCGGGUGGACCACGGGCGCACCUCCUCCCCCGUACCCCUGGAGAGGGCCAGGGAGACCCGCGGCCGUAGGUCAGCCACGCCCGAGGAGCCCAAAGGCAAGAGUGAGUAUGCAGUAGCUAGUUAGUACCCCCAGGUGGAGGGUUAUGUGUUAGUACAGUGUACUCCUCUUACAGGGAUCACAACAGUGCAGGACAAUUUUAAAGGGGUUGAUCAGUGUAACCGCAUUCACUUUAAUUGGGGUGUAUUGUUUACGUUGUUGGAAUGAGUUCAAUUGUAACACUAGACGUGUAACUUUUGCCGAGCGUGAGACACUCCUUUUACUUUCAAUGAAACAUGGGCGUAAGCAGUGCAGUUCGCGACAGGCUUGCGCUGCUCAGUGUAAAAUUACGAUCUGGUUCUAUUUUCAAGAUUUCUAAGUAGCUCAUGCCCGGAACACUUGAUAAAGUGGUUCACGCUCUGCUCGCGUUGGCCAUAAGUUAAGCUUCCAGUGUAGCAGGUCAACAACCCACUGCUUUUGCAAUGCCCAAGUGUAGUUCCUGUAUUAUAUCACAUUUUAAGCCAGUUACAGUGAGGGAAAAAAGUAUUUGAUCCCCUGCUGAUUUUGUACGUUUGCCCACUGACAAAGACAUGAUCAGUCUAUAAUUUUAAUGGUAGGUUUAUUUGAACAGUGAGAGACAGAAUAACAACAAAAAAAUCCUGAAAAACGCAUGUCAAAAAUGUUAUAAAUUGAUUAGCAUUUUAAUGAGGGAAAUAAGUAUUUGACCCCUCUGCAAAACAUGACUUAGUACUUGGUGGCAAAACCCUUGUUGGCAAUCACAGACGUCAGACGUUUCUUGUAGUUGGCCACCAAGUUUUCACACAUCUCAGGAGGGAUUUUGUUCCACUCCUCUUUGCAGAUCUUCUCCAAGUCAUUAAGGUUUCGAGGCUGACGUUUGGCAACUCGAACCUUCAGCUCCCUCCACAGAUUUUAUAUGGGAUUAAGAUCUGGAGACUGGCUAGGCCACUCCAGGACCUUAAUGUGCUUCUUCUUGAGCCACUCCUUUGUUGCCUUGGCCGUGUGUUUUGGGUCAUUGUCAUGCUGGAAUACCCAUCCACGACCCAUUUUCAAUGCCCUGGCUGAGGGAAGGAGGUUCUCACCCAAGAUUUGACGGUACAUGGCCCCGUCCAUCGUCCCUUUGAUGCGGUGAAGUUGUCCUGUCCCCUUAGCAGAAAAACACCCCUAAAGCAUAAUGUUUCCACCUCCAUGUUUGACGGUGGGGAUGGUGUUCUUGGGGUCAUAGGCAGCAUUCCUCCUCCAAACACGGCGAGUUGAGUUGAUGCCAAAGAGCUCCAUUUUGGUCUCAUCUGACCACAACACUUUCACCCAGUUCUCCUCUGAAUCAUUCAGAUGUUCAUUGGCAAACUUCAGACGGCCCUGUAUAUGUGCUUUCUUGAGCAGGGGGACCUUGCGGGCGCUGCAGGAUUUCAGUCCUUCACGGCGUAGUGUGUUACCAAUUGUUUUCUUGGUGACUAUGGUCCCAGCUGCCUUGAGAUCAUUGACAAGAUCCUCCCGUGUAGUUCUGGGCUGAUUCCUCACCGUUCUCAGGAUCAUUGCAACUCCACGAGGUGAGAUCUUGCAUGGAGCCCCAGGCCGAGGGAGAUUGUCAGUUAUUUUGUGUUCCUUCCAUUUGCGAAUAAUCGCACCAACUGUUGUCACCUUCUCACCAAGCUGCUUGGCGAUGGUCUUGUAGCCCAUUCCAGCCCUGUGUAGGUCUACAAUCUUGUCCCUGACAUCCUUGGAGAGCUCUUUGGUCUUGGCCAUAGUGGAGAGUUUGGAAUCUGAUUGAUUGAUUGCUUCUGUGGACAGGUGUCUUUUAUACAGGUAACAAACUGAGAUUUGGAGCACUCCCUUUAAGAGUGUGCUCCUAAUCUCAGCUCGUUACCUGUAUAAAAGACACCUGGGAGCCAGAAAUCUUUCUGAUUGAGAGGGGGUCAAAUACUUAUUUCCCUCAUUAAAAUGCAAAUCAAUUUAUAACAUUUUUGACAUGCGUUUUUCUGGAUGUUUUUUGUUAUUCUGUCUCUCACUGUUCAAAUAAACCUACCAUUAAAAUUAUAGACUGAUCAUUUCUUUGUCAGUGGGCAAACAUACAAAAUUAGCAGGGGAUCAAAUAUUUUUUUCCUUCACUGUAUAUUUACAUAAUGACAUUAAGCUCUGUGAAAGCAAGGCCUGUCUUCAGUCUAGUUUCUCAAAGCUAUAAGGAAACAUCAACCAUCACUGGUGGACUUCCUGCCCACAGAUUGUUUCAAAUUAAAGUUAUGGUUUGAACAAUAUGGACUUACUCACUCACCCUAGAAACUUUAGAAUCAGGUAUAUUUUAUGCACUUGGCACAAAAGCCAUGAGAACACUACAUACCCAUACAAUUCUGUACCUUUAGAUUUUCCCCUGACACAAGUUGGAUUUUAAUGGGUCUGUUUUCUGUAGGUCUAUGCCCUGCCACGGCUGACUCAUACUUUACUUAUUUAGUUAUUUGUGGUUUGGCUCAGUCGUUCCCAUGGCUGAGAAGAAUGAACUUGAAACUCAAACUGGACAUAAGUGAAUGCGUGCGUACGUGCGUGCGUGUCAGUGCACCGUAACUCCGGCACAGCCAGAGGAUGAUUACCAUCAUAGUUAAUUAGGCACGCCGACAAAGCUAGCUUGCUAAGUGAGUUACACAGCUUCUCUUUCUUUCUCUCCUUCACACACAGUGAGGAACAGCAGAGGGGGUGCUAAUUACUGAAAAAUGCUAUAAUUACAAGUCUCCCAAGUUUACAGAAUCCAGAAAUGGCCAAAGUUUCCAUGCUUUGCCACUGUUUGAAUUAAGAACAUCACAGUGUGUCUCACAUCAAUCAAGACGAAUCUAGAUCAGAGGUCUAGUGUACUUGUCUUAGUGUAAUUACACAGUUUUAUCAAUGUUUCAGCUUAAAGAAGAAGAUAGUGUGAACAGUGAUUUGUCUUUAGAAAAUAGUUUAGUGGGACUAUUUACUUAUGGAGUUCACUCCAAGUAUCUCUUCAGAGAGCCACAGUGUCUCACCACAUGCAAUAACUCUUCUUAUUGUAUUUUCCCAUUCCUCUCCUCUUUUCCUGCUCAAUUCUCUCUCCAGGCUCCCCCGUUCCUUCAAUCGUGGUAUCCUCCGCUCCGGCCACGCCCCCUUCGCUGAGUACACCAAUCACAGCGGCCGCCGCCACUCCCUCUGAGGUCCCUCCUUCCGCCCAAUCAACCCCCAGUGCCCCUGCAUCAUCCCCAGCCCCAUCUGCCUCCCCGUCAGCCAAGCCUAUGGCGGGCACCAACAACCCAGAGGAGGCCGCCCGGAUCCUGGCCGAGAAGAGGAGGCAAGCCCGCGAGCAGAGGGAGAGGGAGGAGCAGGAGAAACGCGAGCAGGAGGAGAGAGAGAAGUGAGAAUCAUAUUAUCCUCAUUUACAGUACAUAAACCCACACUGGAGAGAGCCAGAGCAGCAUCCAGUCGGGUUGCAAAAUGCCUGAAAUUUCCCCAAUAUUUCCAGGUUUUCCAGAAAUCCUUGUUGGAGGAUUCCAGAGUUUCUGGAAUUUUGCAACCACCUUAUAUCCAUUAUCCUAUCUACUGUAAAGACAAUCGAUCUCUUACCAGCUUCAAAGAGACAAAGUGGAAGUAACCAUGGCAGCACAUCACAAUUUGAAUAAUUUCAAGUGUAAAGCGUCAACAUAUGGAGUACAGUACAGUUCUCCACGGUAUCAUAUGCAUGGCUGAAUUAGACCACUCAGUACUGUCUAUGAUACAGUAUGUGUGGUGCUCGUGUUACCCCCAGAGGUGUGGAGCUGUUGACAUUUGUGUAACGGCUUAAGUUGCCCCCCUCCGCUCAGGUUUAUGAGCUAAAAAGGAUUUCCCGUGGACGAGCCCGUGUCAGCCUAUUGUGCCAUGUUGACCACAGUUACUAUGUGACCACUGGGUAUUUAUAUCAUGACAGCUGUCAGGCUGGGCAAUGUCUCCUGUUGCUCUCUGUUCCUCUCCAUUUCACCAGCAGGCAACAAUUUCCUUUUAAAAUAGUUUCAUUUCCUGAUUGUGUUUCACUUUUUAUUUUCCUGACACAGCAAUUGCCAAUGUAGUACAAAGACAAAAGAUGCACUCUUUAAGAUAGAGUACACUGAUUUAUUCUAAAUCUAGAUGUUUACAUUUGUAAAUAAGCCUAUGUUUUGAUUGGUAUACUGGUUGGAUAGAGAGCCCCUGUCGAUACAUUAUAGGUAGGAUUGCUGAAUGCUUGUCGUCCUAUGCUCAGGGUCCUGCGAGAGGAGCGUAAGCUGCGGGAGGCGGAGGAGAGCAAGCUGCGGGAGGAGGAGGCGCGCCUCAUGGCCAAGGAGCAGCGCCUGAGAGACGAGGCCCAGCGUGUGGAUGAGGAGAAGGAGGCGCAGGAGAGAGCCAGGGCAGAGCAGGAGGAGAAUGAGCGCCUACAGAAACAGGUAAACAAGCACCGCCAACUGCCAGCGGACAGAGGGCGCUAGUCUACAAACACAGGGCUGUGUGGGUUGGGCUGUGUGGGUUCGUCUGUCCGUCCGCUUUUCUUAUUGUCCACCUGCUUUGUGACAGAGAGCCUUCUGUAACCUUAUCUGUAUUGAACACCCUCUCUGUCCCAUAUCACUACAUUAGCCAAGUUUGUCAUCUACCUGACCUCAUUUGGUACGGCAUAUCUCAUAACUAAACUUGUUUUGUAUAUUUGUUCAAUCACUUUCAACCUAUGUGAUUUGUCGUUAGCAUUGGUCAAUAUUUUCCCAAUGGCUGCAGACAUUGACAUUAAUGGCACAUUGAAUGGCCCCUUUCACUUUUCGGAGCGCAGCACAAAAGGCCUGAGUCUUAUUGACUCACCGUCGGCUUCCUGUGUUUACCAUGGUUCUACCGCCGUUGCUCGGGAGCAGUCGAGGUCAGUGAUCCCGACUAGCAGGAACAUAUGUCAGUCAGUGAGCCGGAAAACACUGUGAUUCACAGAAGUGUUUGUUUGCAGUGUCAACAGACUGUGUGAUAGGAGAUAGGAGCUGCCCCUGGGUUUGUGUGGAUUUUGUCCCUGUUUAAGUGGUUGUUUUCUCUGGCUGGCAACCCUAUGAUACCCUCUAGUGCGCCGUCAGUGAAGUGUCAUUCGUAGAGGCAGUAAUUAAUAAUGAUGUAUUUAAAAAAUACAGUAGCCUAGAAAGGUUAUUGUGUUCAAUGACAGGUUCAAUACCAUGACAAAAUUCUCACAAUGUUGAAAAUGUUCACUUCUACUACUACAAAAAGAUAGUAUUUCCUGUAGUUUUAUACAGUCACUAUCUCCCUCAGAUAACACAUAUAUAACAACACUAUUGGUGGUAGUAGCAUGUUAUUAGCCUUGUAGAAUCCAUACAAUUAAAUAGAACACUAGAAUGGACAUUGGCAUCCCAGCAAUGUGGCUAAAAGGGCGGCCGUCUUGGUCAGUAAUAUAAUGUAUCUCUAUGGUAACCCUUACGGAUUCCACAUGAAUUUCACGUGAUCCCAUGUGAAGUGUUCCAAAAACGCGUUUUCAUGUCAACAUGUUUUCAUGUCAUCAUCUUCUGUGAAGUUAAUGUGAUAACAUGUGACAACAUGAAACUACACAUGUGAAAACAUGUUUUUUUUCUGUAAGGGAAGAGCAUACCACAUUGUAAUCUGUAUGCUUUCCAGAGAGAGGAGGCUGAGGCUAAGGCCAAGGAGGAGGCCGAGAAACAGCGUCUGGACAGAGAGAAACACUUCCAGAAGGAGGAGCAGGAGAGACUGGAGAGGAAGAAGGUAAGAAAAGAUCCAUUCAUUCAUUCUACUCUACGUUAAUAUACCCCACCAGUGUCCUCUCUACCCUGGUACCCAUAUCUGUGUGUUCUGUAUAGCCAACUCCUAUCUAAUUCCAGCCAUUUUCAUGCCAAAGGAGUUGGCAAGACAGCACAAACAGACUGUUUGUACUCUAUUGGAAUUGUCAUGCCAAACAGACUGGCACCCGGACUACUGUAUUUCUUCUGUACUGCCUGUACAUAUUCCAAAGGUAUAAAGUGGAAUGUUUAGUAUACAUUACAGUAAGCACACACAGGGCCUUAUUCAAUCAAAACUGUUAUUAUUGUGGGAUCAGUCAAAAAUAACAUUGUUCUUGUAGCAACAUCAUUCUUCUUGGCAGCAUGCUUGAUUUAGCUUAUAAUAAUAUGCCAUUUAGCAGACGCUUUUAUCCAAAGCGACUUACAGUCAUGCGUGCAUACUUUUUUUUGUGUGUGGUUGGUCCCGGGGAUCGAACCCACUACCUUGGCGUUACAAGCGCCGUGCUCUGUUUAGCUUAUAAUUAAGUUUAUUUUUGUUUCUCUCUUUAGACAUGGAUUUGUUGAAUAUAAUAUCAACUCUCACAUUCUUGCCGCCAUAAGAAUGAGGUUUUUGGCUUAGCCUGGUUACUUAUUUUGAUUGAAUAGGGCUUACAGUCUCUGUGUGUGAGCGGGAAGACUAUAUACUAGGUAUAAGAUCUCAGGCUAUAUAUAAACAGUAAUGGUGGAGAGUGAGUCCUAACUGGGCCAGUUCAGUGUGCAGUCCAGGGUUAUGUGUUCUGCCCGCACCUUGUGUACCACCCACAGUGACACCAUGCUGCAGCCUGCUAAGUCUGCUCUCUCUCUCACUCUUGCUCUUUCUUUCACACCCUCUCUUUUUCUUUCUGUCUGUCUCUUGGCCUCCACCUUCAUCCCACUCUCUCCCAUUCUCUCUUUAUUUUCUCUCUAUUUCUCUACCCCUCUCUCUUUCUGUCUGUUUUUCUCUCUCUCCCUCUCGCCCUCGCUUUCUUUCCCUCCCUCCCCCGUCUCUCUCUCUCCUCCUCUCCCUCUUUUUUCCCUCUUAUCUGAGGCUGCCAGCCCAUGCAGCUCAGCUGGCCAAAGCAGCUCCACAUUGUGUGUUGAGCCAGGCUCUAGUGGUAUUACUGCACAAGAACAGCAUGUCCUCUACCCAAACCCGUGCUUAGUCACACGCCUCUAAACACUGCUCCACAGCUGCUCUUACAUACCUGACUGAGUGUAUUCUGUGGAUCACACACACACACACAGAAACGCAAGGACGCACGCUCGUUCACACACACACGAAUGCAUGGAGUGCACAUCCACAUGAACACAAGGACGCACACCGACACACACACACUUCAGUGGAGGCUGCUUAGGGGAGGACGGCUUAUAAUAAGUUAUGGAACGGAACACAUGGAAUGGAAUCAAACACAUGGAAACCAUGUGUUUAAUGUAUUUGAAUCCAUUCCACCAAUUCUGCUUCAGCCAUUACCACAAGCCCGUCCUCCCCAAUUAAGGUGCCACCAACCUCCUGUGACACUCCUGUGACACACACACACGGAUCACCUAACAAUAGCAUGUAUCACAACUCAACAUCAAAGCUGCCCUGCAUCUGGCAUAUCUGUAUGUUUUACUUAUGCCAGAUGCAGCAUCAUGGCUAUCUUGGACCAGGUAGGAGUUGGGUGUUGUUUUAGCUGUUCGGUGCCAACAAGGAGUCCAUUGAGAUUAAGUUACUGCACAGUUACUGUAUUACUCUGUGAUUCAACCCAUGGGGACUGAGCACAUAAUCUGCAUCCGCCAUCUUAUUAACAUUCUCAGUGUUUUCCCUCUCUCUGACCAUUGUCGUCUUUGUGCUCUCUUCCUUAGCGUCUCGAGCAGAUCAUGAAGAGGACACGCAAGACAGACGGAGGGGAAAAGGUACGUUUGUUGCGAAGGCACAAUGGCAAUGCACUUCACUCAAUUUAAAAAUACAUGUAACACGUGAUAAUCUAUCUCUCUAUAGAAAGACACCAAAUCCCCACCUCCCUCCCAAGUCAAUGGCAAAGAGGCCGAGAGCAGCAAAGGUAAGCAGAAAAUGAAAAGCAGCGUAAACGGCGUCCAUCUUUGUUCAUUAUAUCGCUCUUGUGUUCAGGAUAUUGAUGUUUGGACUCGGAGUCAAACAAUUAAUCUCAAUUAAUCCUGAAAGGAAAAUUAUUAAUUUAGAUUAAUUCAUCAAUGAUAUCCAGGGGGAACGGAUUCAAACAUCAGUGUGCUGUGUCCCAGGUCCUUUUCCAGCCUAUUUUUCACUGCCACAUUAAUGGAGAAGUUCAGCUCUAGAUACUGACUGGUUUAAUAAACUAAUUAAAUCCCACUGGGCACAGACGUCAUUUCAAUGUCUAUUCCACGUUGGUUCAACGUUGAUUCAACUAGUGUGUGCCCAGUCUGAUAAUUUGGCUUCUUUGAUUGGAUGGCUGUAUCAGUCUUAAUGUUAACUUUGAAACCUGUUCACUCCAAAAAUUAAAAAUGCAAAUCCCCAAUGACUUCAAUGUAUGAUUUAGGCCAAAUUCCAAGUUACAUACCCAUUACUCAAUGUAGGAUUUAGCCGACUGUGUGUUGCUUACGUUUAGGCCUGAUAUAGGAGUAAAAGAAGUAGCUCACUGAUCUAUUCCCUUCCACUUCCUAUAUAAUAUGAAUCUUGUUGAUUUAGAAGGCAGGGACUGUACUUCUACUUUUCCCCCCUCUCAGUUUAGCCAUUUGUAAGUACUAAAAUACACGUUUCGUAAGAGCUCUCAAACAAUAUAAACAUACAUAGAAACAUACACAGUCAAAAACAGUCAAUGUAAAUAUGCAGCAAAAUUAUCUAAUUAGAAUUAAAUAUGUAGUGCUGCUAAUAAAGUGCUGUAGUUACGAAUAAAAUGGAUAAGAGGAUAAAAGGGGUCCAUGAACAGUCCCUGUCCUCCCUCCUGAUAUUUAACAUGUUUGUCUGUGUUCCAUCGCCAUCUGGGUUGUGUUCCCUUUUCAUAUGAAGAGUAUUUAAUAAUAUUCUGAAAAUCACAGCCCAACGGCUUUUCAGCUUCUGGGAAUAUCUUAUGGCAAUGCAUUGCAUUGCUGGGUUGGCUUAGUGACUGUAAAUGGACCAGUCACGACAUUUAGCCCAUCAAUUAAAUUCUGUUUUAUUCAACCUUUAUCGUGGCCGCAGGGACAUUCACUGUGCAGCCAGAUGUACAUAAGACACAAUAAAUACAGUGUUCACAUGACAAAGACACACAAAUAUUACUCCUACUUAUACAACCCCAUCCCCAUUUGGCUAGAGAGAGACACACACACACACAUUUGCAGAUGAGUAGGAAAUGGGGAUAGGGGAUUUGAGUACAUGUGGCCAGGAUUCCAUAAUGGUGGAAACCAUUAUUGGAGGCACUGAUGUGGUUGGGAGUCCAGGCAAGUUGGGAGGCGUUGCUCCCCUCCAAUCAGGCCUUUGGACAUACUCAAACAAACACACACACGUGCGCGCACCCACACACAUGCUCAAAUACAGAUGCACUGACACACACACACACACACACAUACAGCCACAGCCCCAGUUGGUCUGAGUAUAGGGAGUGCUAAACACUGAAAGCCCCAGGAUGUAAUCAUGAAUCCAACACUGGUUGGAUCCAUCCUGCAUAUUGAGUUCUGUCUGUGCUUGCUUCAGGGUGGCCCUGCGAACUCUGUGUGUGUGGUGUCUGAGUGUGCGUGCGUGUCUGAGUGUGCGUGCGUGUCUGAGUGUGCGUGCGUGUCUGAGUGUGCGUGCGUGUCUGAGUGUGCGUGCGUGUCUGAGUGUGCGUGCGUGUCUGAGUGUCGUGCUGAGUGUGCUGUGAGUGUAUGAGGCUUUGUGUGGUGAGGGUCGGAGGGUGGUGUGACGUGCGGUCUGAGUGUGUGUAGUGAGUGUCUGAGCUGUGUGUGCGUGAGCUGUUGAGUGUGUCGUGAGUGGUGUAUGAGUUGUGUGUGAGUGCGUGUACUGAGUGUGUGUGAGUGUGAGUUGAGCUGUAUGAGGGUGUGUGCGUGCGUGUCUGAGUGGUGUGAGAUUGGUUUUAUUUGUCUGAGGGGUGCGGUGCGUGUCUGAGUGUGCGUUGAGGCGGUCUGAGGUGGUGCGUGCGUCUGAGUGUGCGUGCGUGCGUUGUCUGAGUGUGUGUGGUGGUGUCGUGUCUGAGGGGUGUGUGAGUGAGUGUCGAGUGUGUGUGAGUGUGUGUGCGUGAGUGUCUGAGUGUGUGUGCGUGCGUUGUCUAGUGUGUAGUGUGCGUGAGUGUCUGAGUGUCGUGAGUGCGUGUAGAGUGUGCGUGAGGGAGGUCUGAGUGUGCGUGCGUGCGUGUCUGAGUGUGCGUGCGUGUCUGAGUGUGUGUGCGUGCGUGUCUGAGUGUGUGUGCGUGCGUGUCUGAGUGUGUGUGCGUGCGUGUCUGAGUGUGUGUGCGUGCGUGUCUGAGUGUGUGUGCGUGCGUGUCUGAGUGUGUGUGCGUGCGUGUCUGAGUGUGCGUGCGUGCGUGUCUGAGUGUGCGUGCGUGCGUGUCUGAGUGUGCGUGCGUGCGUGUCUGAGUGUGCGUGCGUGUCUGAGUGUGCGUGCGUGUCUGAGUGUGCGUGCGUGUGUGUGCUUGCACAUUUGUAUGUGUGUGUGUUUUACAGUGGAUUUGAUUUGUUUUCCGCAGCCUCUGCUGACUACCAGCCAAGCCCAGAGGUCAACAAGAAUACAGAGAACGCCCAUAGUGAUGUGAGAGACAGGUAAGGUUCAAGAACCAUUUCCUCUUGUCCGAAAUAUCAUCUGUUAGAAAUAGCAAGCCAUGCACUAUUGUUAUUAGAAAACAAGCAAACCAGAAACCAGCAGUGUUGGAUGCAUUCUAAUCAAGACUUAUGCUGAUUUGUGUAGUUUCGACCCCACAAGAGAAAACAGAGAGAGCCUCAAGACAUAGGCCUACAGUAGAAAAGUAGAGAUAUUGUUUAUUUAGCUAUUUAAACAUGUUUUUUGUUUGUGAGAGAUAGUGUAAUAUAAGGUUUGAGGACUUCAGUUAGCCUCUGAGGGGAGACCAGGGUUGUAUUCAGUGAUGUGAAACGUUUUGAAUGUUGCAGAUAGAAUCGUGUCAGCUCUAUUUAUUAUAUUUCAAUCUAUCUGACAAUCAUUUCUGUUCUACACAUUUGUAGACAUUUCUAUCUACGUUAUAUCUACAGUAUAAUGUUACAUCCUACUGAACAGGCCCGAGGGGAAAAUCUGCAACUGAACCACUUGGGACCGUAGCCCUUUUGUGUUUAACCAUGUUUCACUCUCCAUCUCACCAUAACCAUCUCCCUCCCACAGCUCCACGGUCCAUGUGGUCAACGGUGUUCAGCCUGCCAGACACGAGAAUGGCCUGUCUAGCAAGGGGGACACCGCACACUUUGAGGAGAUCAUCCAGCUAGCCAAUCACGGCAACAGCACCAAUGUGGGGCGGGAGAAAUCAGAGAGUGACAUGCCCACUGAGCCAAUCCUGGCCUUUGAAAGUGAGGAGCCCUUCCUGAAAAAAGUGGGCCCCAUGAAGCCUCAGCAUGUCGCAGGUACAUAGACAGAGAGAGAGAGAGAGGGAACUCAAAGGGCCGGUUUCCCGGACACAGAUUAUGCUUAGUCUUGGACUAAAAUGCAUUUGAAUAGAGAAUCUCCAUUGAAAAUCUCCAUUUUAAACAUGCUUUUCAGUCUAAGACUAGGCUUAAUCUGUGUCUUUUAAUCAUCUGUGUCUUGGAAACCGCCCCCAAAUGACAACAUAACCUAAUAAUAUUAUAUCAGUUGUGCCAAUAUUUAUAGGGAUUCAAGCAAGGAAUCUUAUCUCAGUGUCCUUAACCCACAAAGAUUUAAGGGAUUUUUUUUACAGUGUUCUUAACUGUAGAUUAAGCUGGGGUUCAAUUACAGCAGUAAUAAUGGUCUCGCGUUCUACUCUGGCGGUUGACUUUUCACGUUAGGGCCAGGGUUCACAACAUGCCAUAAAGCGGCGCCAUGGGUUCGUAGUGUUGGCCUUGGCAACGAAGAGCCAUCCAACUGAGCCGGUCGGUUUAGUGCCGUCUCAGAUGCAAGUCGUCACUUGUGCAUACGUGAGUGUCCCUAGGGUAAAGGGUGGCAUGGGGAAUCCUCCAGCCCCCAGAGGGCCUAAGGGGACACGGAGGGGCGGUGGGGUAUCUUAAUACUGACUGCUUUCGCUCCCGGAGCUCCGGUCGCUAGGCUCAACGCCCAGUGUCGAAUUCCCUGAGUGUUGGGGAGCUAGCUAGCUGCCAGGGAUGGAAACAGGACCCCGGCCCAGUUAUGUACCCCCCUCACCCUCACCCCCCUCCCCACGGCGUGGUCAGCAUUACUGCCCUUCGCCCCUCCACCCUCCACCUAGGGCUUAGUCCCCACCUGCCUGCCUGCCUGCCUGCCAGCAGGUCAUAAAUUAUAUCCAAAGCAAACAGAAGAGGGUCACCCAGCUGCAGAGCUGCAGCCACACGAGCUCCGUCAAAAUUAACCACUUUAAUCAGAGUAAAUUCACUCUGCCACUCACACUUCAAGUCACAGUCUCAGUCUUUCACAAGUUAACAUCACAUUUCUAAUCUGCCCUGUUUGCAUACCCUGCACUCUUUUACCAUGAUGACUUGGAGGGGUUUAUGGCCGGGGGGCUGGGGGUUUGUGACUGGGGGGGUUUAAUGUAUCGACACUGAUUGAAUGUUACGAUGUAAUUCCAUAGAUUGGGAUUCGGGGACAUGUUUAUUUCUAAACAUACCACCGGAGCUAAUUCAAAUGGCGAUACUCAUGAGCUAGUGUGGUGGACCGUUUAGCUGCCUGACAGGUGCCUCCGUCAAUCUAUUGCUACUGUUAGCAUCAAUCACACUGUGUUGAUCACACUCGUAGCGCUAGCUCACUCACAUGAUGGGCGACUGAAUGGUCGUUGAUGGUCUGUCAUUCAUUAAAAGGAGUCAGGAUUCUGCCUGUAGCAUCUGCUGCUUGGUUUGAUUAGCCUCUUCAUUUCCCUAUAAAGCCUUAUGGGUUCAUUCCCUGCGUGACAUGCGCUCAGGACCUUUUAAAAAUGUAGUAUUAUUGCCAGGUCAAGGGUUUAUAAGCCUUGUCAUUAGCAGGGUCAGUGAGGGUGGGUCUUCCUUACACAUUUACAAAUACUCAAAUUGGCGACCAUUUUGGCUCACCAUUCAGAUGGCGCAUUCAGAACGGCUCAAAAUGGACACCAUUUUGGAUCUCUGGUGUUUUCCCUUGUUGUUGUGUGGUGUAUCACUGUGUUGAAACUGACCCUCAUCUUGUCCUCUCCGUCUAUUAUCUCUCCAGAGGUCCUGUGAGGUGUGUGCCACUCACAAAGGCGAUUCUUGGGCCCCCCCCCCCCCCACCUUCCCAAACCCAGCCUCCGCUCGUAUGGGUAGAGAGCCACCCUCUUCCCGAAGGGGCACAUCCCCUAUGACCUGUGCCAAACCAAUCACAGAUUGCUUUCUAGGCCCCAAAAAACAUAAACUUUCCCUGGGAAAAGGGCCGAUGAAGAAGAAGAAGAAGCAACAACUCUGCAUUCCGCAAAAAAAUACACAAGCAAAAUACAAAACAGGAUAUGACGUCAUCACCACCCGACAGGGUGCAUCAGUGUUACCAUUUGUAGAUGGUAGAAGAUAUCACGGCAUCAAUUCUACCAUAACAGUAUCAUCCAUGGUAGAUUUCAGCAGCCCUGAGGGGGAAAAAUACACAUUUGACACUAAUGAGUAAUUGUUGUUAUUAUUAUGAAAAGAGAAGUGAGUUGAAAGAGAAGUGAGUUGGCUUUUUUGUUUCUAAUGUUUAGUUUAUUUAAGUUGAAGAGAAAUGUAAGGACUGGGUACAGUUUUAUGUGAAUAAUGUAAAUGAAAUCUUGAGCAUUGGACUAAAGGAGGGAGGGGUCUGUGGAAUAAAUUGUGUAUGAAUUUAUGAAAGGAAGCCCCCUUUCAAGGUUUGCCCAGUAACUAAUAUGUAUUGAAAACAUAAUGAUAUGGUCUCUGUAAACAUACUUGUAAAUGUUCUGUAAAUGGCGCUUCGCUGCAAAUAGAAUGUCUCCAAAAUACUGAAGAAGACGUUUGACAACAUUUUGACAAUGUAAAAAUUACGUUGUUGGAGCACAGCGUCAGCUGUCUCCAAGGAGUGCUGUGUCGACAGGUUUUCUGUUUGAACUGUUCCGCUCCUCAAUUAUGAUUGAUUGUACUCUGAACUGGAUAUAAAAAUUAACAAGGCAUCAGUUGAACAAAAAACACAUGGGUAUUCCAGAUUCAGGAUUGGUAAGCCUUGGGUGAAAUCAGUGAUCCGUUCAGUUUAAUCAGUGUUGAAACAGAAUGUACACAAUGGCAUCCCAUCCCACCAUUUAAAAAAUCAAUAUGCAGUUUUGUUUUUUUCUAAACCUGAGCAAGAAGCAUGAUAUGUUGCCACCUCCAUUGAGAUUCCACAGAUUCUAAUGUGUUUGAAAAUGAAAUGCUGGUGUGUGUAUAUGCUAUAAAUAUAUUUUGUUGUGUGUUGAAGGGACAGUGGGAGUAUCAGAGUCUUAUUAAAGAGAAAAUUGUUGUCUGUGGUUUAGUUUUCCAUGGUUUGUUUAUGUAUGUCUUUGUCUAUUGUCUCGCCACAAUCCAGAUGGAUGAGAUUUGGAAUUAUUUUUAGGUUGAAUGUGCUCAUUGAUUCUCUCAAUGUCCGUAAUUUAUCAGAAACAGACAGACGGAUAUCGAACAAAGAGCAUGAUGUUUCACCGAGUAUAACAGUUAGGAAAUAUUUCCCCCUUUUAAGCUGGCCCUCAAAGUCCAGGGCCAACUGUCACGAGAAUGUCUAUCUCUAAUUCAACCUAAGCUUGAAUAAUUACCAGGGGUUGUAAGGCCCUGGUUUUAAUCAUAAAUGAUUCAAGGUCCACAACCAGCAAGAAUGAUCUGUAUUUUUAUUCAUGGAGAGCUCUGGCGCCAAAAACCCAUACAUACUGUUUUAUACCCCUUGAGGCACUUUGCUCCGCCCACCUUAUUAUUCUUAAAUACAAAUUAAUCUAACACCAACUUAUUUAGACACGCUGUUGACAAACUGAGCCUGAGCAACAAAAUACAAUGCCACACAACCACCAGAAAACCAGAUCUGGAGAUGGUUUUGAGAGAGAUAGAGACUAUCUUUUAGGGGGGUACAGUGACUUAGCUCAGCUGUCUUUUCCCAAAACCCAGUGGGUGUCCAUGCCUCCCAUGCCCUUACCCCAUCAGCCCCCCACUGCUCCCACAUUCUGGUGGUGAGAGGGGGGCUGACAAUGUUGAUGAACACUCGCCAUUUGCUGUUUGCCAUUCGUUUUUCUUGCAAAGCAGCUGGACUCUAA